CAGCCAGGGAGGACCUGUUGCCUCUCCUCGACGCCUCUGCAGGGCUUGGGGUGGAGAGGCUCUGGAUGCUCCCAUCCUCCUUGGAGGUCGUCCUGCCUCCUUGGCCCUGCCCUCCCGUCCAAUAAGGAGAGGUUGCCUUGACACCUGCUUAUAUACCGAAGACGGCAGCAGCCUCCAAAUCUCCAGCGCUGGGUUGGGGGAAGAGGGGAGAAAAUACACACAUAAACACACCCACACUCCCCUCUCUCCAUACCUAUUUCAAGCCACAGACUUAGGGAGACAGUCGCCCCGUCGGGCAAGGAGGAGAAGGCUCCCGAGACGAUGACCUCCAGCAAAAUUGAGAUGCCAGGUGGGCUGAAGGCGGACCCGGCGGCUCUGAUGGCUUCUCUGCAUUUGCUCCCGUCUCCCACCCUCAACCUGGAGAUCAAGUACACCAAGGUAAGUCACCUGUCUGCUCUUCCCUGCCAGAGGAGCACGGGCUUCUCUUUUUUUGAGCUGACACAAAACCGCUUCCCUCGGACUUCUCUUCAAAAACACACAAACACAAAAGCCAGAAAGAGGUGCGUUUUCAGCUGCUGGAUGCCAGUAGAUGGGUGGCUCUAUGUGAAAGAAAGUCCAUAGGAUAAGAAAAAAUAUCUUGCCCUUUCCAGUUUGCCUGGCAUCAUUUUAACUCUUUGGAUCAGUUUUUCUUUCUUUCUGGGAAAAGGGUUUCUCCGCACAGACUUGAGCUCCUGAAGAUUGUUGGAGGGCGCGAUUGUACAAAUCUUGUUUUAGCCUAUUGAAAGAUGAUGAGAAUCAUGUUCCGUUUUGCUGUUCUAAAAACUGGUGUCUUUCGCUCCUGGGACUCUUCCUUAACAAUUCCUGCCGCAGAUGUCACCGAGCCAAGUUGUUGUAACUUUGGAAGGAGGGAAUCGUUUGCUGAUUUCCUUCCUAGACAAAUAACUAUCUCGAAUACAGGCAACUUGGCAAGAAAAUUAUUUGCUUAUCCACAUCACCAAGUGCCCAGGGUUGAUGCCUUAUUCUGCGGGCUAAGGUGUGCGGGCUAAGGUGUGCAGAGUUGAUACAGUUGAUACAGAUCUGCAAGGUUUUUAGCGUAUGUGUGUUCGAAGACAGUUAUUCCAAAACGCAAUUUCGACAGGAAGUGUGAUGCCUUUGGUCCGCCUGUUUGUAUUAUUAAGCACACUGGACAUGAUCCCGUGGGAUGCAAGACCAUUUGCACCAGCCCCACUGAGGUUAAAGGGGAAUUGCGCGAGAGCGUGCAACUCAGUGAGCAGUCAUUGAAGGAGAAUUUGGGCAUGGAUCAGGUCCCAAGCGCGGACAUUCUUCAUCCUUUGAAAGGGACAUUAGACGCUUCAGGCUUGUAAGAAGGCGGCGCUUCUAUUUGAAGCCAAUAUAGGUCACGCAAUGCCGAUUAACAAGAAACCUCAUUGAUGCAAACAUACAUGACAAAUGUUUGUUAAAGAUUCAUUCUGUUCCCAGAAUGUUUCAUCACGAAUGUGUUCUAUUCCCAAAUUUCAUCAUGAAUUUGCUGCUGCUCCCUGUUUUUACUUAAAUCCGAAAUACAAUAGCCACAUGAGGACUUGCUGAUCAUUCGAAUAAACCACCUAUUUUCAAAUUAAAAUAAAAAAAUAAAAUAAAUGUGAGUCUCGAAUGCCUUGUGCCGGUUCACUUACCUGGCACUUAACUGCUCUUAACAAUGUAAGGAUUAUUUAUCUAUAGUGCUAGGAUUACUGGGGGUGCGAUCCAGUCAAAUUAAGCACUUUCAAGCCUCACUGAUUUCAGUGGGAGAUAAUGAAGCCCGUUGCUGACUCUUCCCGUUGAAAUCAAAGGAAUGUGCAGAAGCGUAGCUGGUUCGUAAUCACAGUACUCGUGGUUUUACGCGCAGAGGCUGCAAUCCUACAUACACUUCCUAGUACGGGGUAAGCCCCAUUGAGCUCAAUGGAACUUACUUCUGAGUAAAAAAAAAAUACUGUAUGAAUUUUGCUGUAACAAUCUAUAGCUAAGCAUCUUUACAUCUAUUCUGAUGUCUCAUCAUCUUGCUUAGUUCUCUCCAGCUGAAAUCAGUGAGAUCUAAUAGCGCUUAACUUGGGCUGGAUCCUACCACAGUCUUGAUAUUAUUUAUAAAAAGAGAAAGAAAAGUGAUCUAGAUUAAAUAUGGAUAUGUAGAAAUAUGAAAAAAAAAUCUGUCUCACGGCAGCUUGUUUCAGUAGCAUACAAUUAGUCCCAAAAUAUUUUUGGGUCACACCGUCGCCUCGGUAUGCACCGAACGCGGGAGAGACCAGAGCAGAUUCUUGAGGACCAGAAACUUGCGCCCCAAGUAGAAGCGGGGGUGACGACGGGCUGGGAUUAAGGAGUCACAAGAAUGGGACAGGAACCUCCCUCACACGUCCCAAAAUUAAUGUUGAUCUGAAAUAUUGAGUGGCUGUGGCACUCGUGAAAAUACUUUACCUGCGUGAAACUGUGUUACUCUGCAAAAAUCCAUGCACAAUGAUGGUAUAUAUCAGUAGUAAGUCCUUGUCGUUUUUUAUCCCAUAUUUCUAUAAAAAUUACAGUGCAUCGAAAAAUGGAAAUAAAAGGUUGCCUUUGCAAGAGAAACAUGGUGUGGGUGUGGGUGUGAGAGAGAGAGAGCGGGGGGGGGGGAUCUUAGUUUCGUACACCCGUCUCUGUUUUUCUCGCUCCGUUUUUCUCCGGUCUCUCUCCCCCCACUGCCGCCCUCUCUCUCGGCAGGCCAGGCAAGUGAUUUAUUGCUAAUUGAAGCCUUUAAUUGGGUGUCGUGGCUCUGGCCAGACUUUUAUCCAGGAUCCACUUUCCCACUUAUUGCAAAGAAAAACAAGGAGAUAGAAAAUGACGGCCCUGCGCUGGAUUCUCUCAGCCGGUGGGGUCACUUUUAUGUCUCUCUCAAGUGACAACUCCUGUAAACAAAAGGGAACAAAUCGCCUCCAGAAGGGGAAGGGGAGCGGGGGGGGGGGCGGGAAUCACUUGUAACCUCGAGCAUCUCAAAAGUUAUAGCAGCGCCCAUUCUCUCUGGCUGCUCCGCCUCCCUUUUCUUCCUUGAGCGCCCAGCGGGAUUUCCUUCUCUUGCCUGGAAUUCGGCGCAACCGUUCCAGUUUGUGGAUGCUGCGCGGCUCUUGCAAUCCUGAGUCUCGGUGGAAAGGCCGCCGCGGUUGUGUCUGUGACUUGCAUGCAGAGGCGGGACGAGGGGGGACACUUUAGGCGUGAAAUUUCGAGCCUCGUUUAGGAGUUGCGGAGACCUGUCCCCCUGGGGCGCACAAUCCACCGGGAAGUUCUCCUGCGCGCAACCCUGGAAAUGAGUGAGAGUUGCGCAAGAGUGGUGCUGUGCUCCCGCGCACCUCUGUCAUUUCAGGGGGGCUGGCCCGGGAGAAAGGGGUUGGCAGAAAGCAUUCUGGGUUCAUUAGUGGGAGCGGGGCUGUUUGUUUGUUUGUUUUGCACCUGGGGCACCCAGAUGCAUUAUAGACUGACCCCAUCACUGAAUGGGGUGAUGUUGCUCAAUGGAAGCCCUUAAACACAUUAAACUAUUGCAAGCAUGCUCAGAUGAGAGCUGAGUGCAGGGUGGGAGCCAAAGGUGGACCAACAACCACAGAAGGAGCAUGAUGUGUCCUUCACCAGAGACACUCCUUCUCCCAGAGUAGUAAGACUUCUAUACCCUACCAGACAUAGGUAAAGGAAAAGGGACCCCUGACCAUUAGGUCCAGUCGUGGCCGACUCUGGGGUUGCGAUGCUCAUCUCGCUUUAUUGGCCAAGGGAGCUGGUGUACAGCUUCUGGGUCAUGUGGCCAGCAUGACUAAGUCGCUUCUGGCGAGCCAGAGCAGCGCACGGAAAUGCCAUUUACCUUCCCGCCGGAGCUGUACCUAUUUAUCUACUUGCACUUUGAUGUGCUUUUGAACUGCUAGGUUGGCAGGAGCAGGGACCGAGCAACGGGAGCUCACCCCGUCGUGGGGAUUCGAACUGCCGACCUUCCGAUUGGCAAGUCCUAGGCUCUGUGGUUUAACCCACAGUGCCACCCGCGUCCAGACAUAAGACUUCUUUAAAAACAGAGCCUGAUUGGAAUAAGAAAAUAAGAGUUGAAGGUUGGAAUCAGAUGGUGGCUGAGUGUGUUGAGGAAGCUCUUGACUUCUGAGGGUGACUGGCAAAGAAGCAAUUCCAGUCAGGUGGGGACUGGCCAAGGACAGACUAAAAUUGGUAGGGCUGUCCCCCACUAGCUGCGCUGGACCAGCCUCCACCAGGAACAGAGCUCCUCAAUGUUUCUCAAAUCUGGGUGUCAAGCUGUACCUUGACUACAACUUCCACCAUCCCAAGCUAGCAGGAACAGUGAUCAGGGAUGAUGGGAGUUGUAGUCCAACAACAGCUGUCAAUGGCCCUCCAGAUGUUGCUGGACUAUAGUCCCAUCACCAUCCCUGGUCAUUGGCCUGGCUGAUGGGAGUUGGAGUCCAGUCACAUCUGGAGGGCCACGGUUCUCCAUCUGUGCAGCAGCCACCUGUACUAGCAACCUUCGCUGCUUCUUGUGACAGCAAGCUUCAUGUGCUAAUUCUGCAUUGUGUGUGAUGAAGAGGCACUCCUUCUUUCAUCUGUUAAACAUACAGGGAAGGCUGGUGCAUCUGGCCAUCAGAGGAGAUGCACGAAUUCGCCUCCAGAUGCUCAGGAACUGAAUGUGGAGGCAGCUUGCCUUUGUGUGUUUCCUUGUAACAUCCGAAGCCACCCUGCGGAGUCUGAGAUGGGGUGCGGGGUGUAGGGAAAGGUUCAGGAAAUAUUUUGCUAGAUCUACAAGCUGUUUACAUUGCUGAGAGGUCUGCCUUAAAUAAAUCCAGCAUGUUAAAUUGUGCAGUGAAAGACAGCAAUAUUCACUGAGUGACUCAUAAAUCUUUCAAACAUCAGGAGGUGGACCAGUUUGUUGGGAGAAUUGUUGGCUGAUGCUGGAGGCUCGGAAGCACCAGGAUGUAUUGCAAAGGCUGCUUGCUUGUGUAUCACAGCUGCACAUUCUUCCUCUUGUGUGUAGCUUGAACCGUUAUCCUUUAGGGGAAAUACCAUAAUGAAAAAUGAAAUUUACCUGGACAAGGGCAGUUUAACAGAAGCUCAAUCCAAGUAAUGCAGAGAUGUUGACAGUGAGCGGGUUGAUUGCCUACUCCAGAGGGGCUUGUGUGCAUCACUCUAUUCCAUGGGUCGGCAAACUAAGGUCCGUGGGCCGGAUCAGGCCCAAUUGCCUUCUGGAUCCGGCCCGCGGACGGUCUGGGAAUCGCUGCAUGGAUCGCCAGCGCGCGUGUUCUUUCCCUCUCCCUCCCUCUCCCUUACACUGUGGUGCCAGUGCCUCCUCCCUCCCUCCUCCUGGCUUCUCCUUGCCCUGCCUAGAGGAGGAAGGGGGCUGGGCUUUGUUGGUGCCAUCAGCAGCAGUGCUCAAGCGGACGCCAUUUUAAGCAGCCCCUCUCCGGAGCCCUUCCGCUCGUUGCUCAUUGUCCCUCCACCACCAGCCCCUGCUGCUCGCAAGACACAGGUAAGCAGCCACCAGGGCUCAUGGUGGUCUUGCAUCAUCCCCCCCCCCAAAUAUAGUUUGGCCCCCCACAAGGUCUGAGGGACAGUGGACCAGCCCCCUGCUGAAAAAGUUUGCUGACCCCUGCUCUGUUCCUUAAGGGGCAGCUAAGGGAUGUUGGGGGAAUCUUCUUGGACUCCCUGGUGUUAGCUGGGGGGGGGGGAGGCAACAUUGCACCACAUUGUGCUCCUUUCCAAUAUUCUUACUUGCUUCACCUGGGGGCUUGUAGCUGGACACAUUUCCUUAGAAGCAAAUCCCAAGGAUCUCGCUUCCAUGCAGGUGUGCUUAAGGUUAGGAUACUAGGACGUGUGUGUGCUCACAUUCAAAGAAAUAAGAAAGAAUGAGUUACUUCCAAGUAAUGCCUUGAAGCUUAUGAUACCAGCAGAAAGAGAUUCAGGUGUAGGAUCAUGGGAACCAACUCCUAGGGGUCAAGGUCCCUUUACCCACCCAUAAAAUAUUUGAGGGGGCUUCCCCCCCCCCAGUUGAUGACCAUUGCUCUUCAAAUGGUGUGUGCACGCUGUGCCUCGUGAUCAAUUAUGUGGGGCGGGGCUUACCUGCCCCCCCUUAUUUUAUUCAAGUUGGCACCCCUGUGUAAAGUUGUGGGGAAUUGGGGAUGUACCAUAAUCAGGCCUGACCUCGCAAAAGAGCCAGUUGCUUGAGGCAGCAGUGAUCUCUUCUGCACCUUGAGGUCUUUUGCAGUGCUGCUGAAGGGGCACAACUUUGCGAUUCCUUGUAGUUGUGCAUGAACCAGGAGUUCCAAAGUAUUCCUGGGACUGAUUUGGGGUUUUCCCCAAGGCUGGGUGGUUCAUCCCUACUGGACCAUGAAGAUGACUGAGGGGGAAAGAAGCCUACCUACCUGUCCCAGGAGAUUCCCUUCACUUACUUUGAACUCCACUUUUGAAUAGAAGCCAGCCUCAUUUUAAUCAUCCUAAAGAGCAAGCUGUUUCUUUAAAUAUUGAGACAUUCAUGGAGGAUUCAUCUAAGUGGCGACUAUCCAGGAUUGUUCUGUGCAAGCUCCAUGUUCAAAGGCAGUCUAACACUGAAUAUGGGUUUGGGGAGAAUGACAUUGAGAGAAGUGACUUGUCCUCACAUCCUGCUUCUGGAGGUAUCCGGUUGGCCCCCUUGGGGGAAGCAAGGGCCUUGAACUAGAUGGACCUUCAGUGACACCCAGCAUCAGCCAGGCUUCUCUGACGUUCUUAUGAUCCUCCCAAACCAUGUAAAAUGACAACCAUGUGCUUUGGAGGAAUUUAAAAUUAAAAUGAAUAGAUUUUUUAAAAAAUAUUUUAAUUUUUGCAGGAAAUUAAUUCUGUUUGACACAGAUUUUGCAGGCCCAGCUUUAGGCAGCCUUUUAGAAGUGGCUUAUCUCUCAGGAGACUUAGCACAUGUAUUCUGAAAAGUGACAUAAAGAACCAUCACAUUGUCCUGCCAAUUGGCUAAGUCCCUGGGAUGGAGAAGCAAGACCUGAGAGUAUGGCGGCUGCAUCCUUUUUUGCCUCUGAUUAGAGAUGUGUCCCCCUGCUUGUUGGGCUUGGGAGAGCUCUGUGAUUAAACCCUCAGAUAAACAACUCGGUAGGAAGACAAAGUGGUGUUAUGAAUGGAAGACAAGGUUGUUGAUACACCCGUCGGCCCCUGUGCAGGAAGGGAGAUGCACCAGCCACGAUCUCCUCCUUUCUGUCUUGCUUCCAGCUGUAUAAACUCCAUAUAAACACUUUGGGGGGAGCUGGCAGGAUUGUAAGCACAAACCAGUGGUCAAAUGGGCUAGUGUGGUCUGCAGUCUAGGCAGAAAGUCUGAGGGGAGGGGGGAGAUGGGAGUGUGGGGUGUCCCCUUCUCCCCUUCCCUGUCAAAGUGUGUGUGUGCUAAGUUGCAAUGUCAAGGUGUUGAUGGCUUUGACCAAGCUCAAGGUACCCCUGAGAUGCAAUUACUCCUAGGCUGCAAUCCUACACUUACCUGGGAGUAAACCCCAUUGAACACAAUGGGACUUCCUUCCAAGAAAACAGGCACGGGACAGUCGUUCAGAAGUGACAGGUCAACCUUCCCCACUAUGGUGUCCCUUCAGAUGUUUUGGACCCAGAACUAUGUUCUACUUCCACUGCUGGAGACCAUAAUGCUUCUGGAUGUAACUUGCUGGAAACUGCAGGAAGGAGUUGUGGUGGUGGUGCUCUGAUCCUGGUGGGCUUUGUGUGGACAUUGACUGGCCACUGUGAGAACAGGACGCUGGGCUAGAUGGGGUACCAACAUGACCAGCAGGACAAUUCUUACAUGAACCUGUGGCUUCUGCCUCUGCUUCUCGUAAUGCUGGGCUGAGACCUGCAGACAAAGUCUGGGUGCUCUUAAGGGCGGCUGAGUGAAUGAGGGUUGCAUCCCAUUGGGGUGGGGGUGGUUGAGGCUCACAGAAUGGCUAGAGAGGGAUUUUUAUCCCCCACAAUUCAUAGUCCCCCAGUGCCACUGAUGGGGAGCAGAUUCAUGGAGAAAGAAGUUCUUCACACAAGACAAUGUAUCAUUCAUUGAUGGAUCUCACUGUGAACUUUGGCAAACUCACAGAAGAAGGGGAGAAGGCCAUCAGCGGCUGCUUGUCAGGAGACGGCACUAUCAGAGGCCACAUGCUACAAAAUACUGUGUGUGUAUUACUGGCAGGAGAGAGCCAUGGAAGGAGAGCCAUUUGUCUUCAUGCCCUGCCAGUGGACUUCCUGGAGGCUUCUUGCUGUUGGGUGGUGGAGUGGAUGAACCUUUGAUCUGAUCCAGCAUUGGUUCUUCUGGUGCUCUUCCAAAAAAAAGUCCAUUUAUGCCAAGCAUAAGCAAGGUUAUGGACUACAGUUCCCCUUCUCUCUGCUGACUGGCUGUGCUGACGGGGCCUGAUGGGAGUCAGAGCAUCCGCCCUGGUUUGUUUUCACAAAGGUUGGCAUUUGUUCUGGUUUGUUUGUGAGAUGGUUGUACAGUGCUGCAUCAAACAGUUGUUAUCCCACACACUUUCCAGUGCGUUUCCCCAUCACUUUCCUUACAGCAAGUAGUCUAUGGAGGGUGUGUGGUUGUUUCGGAAGCAGAUCUGUUGUGGCAGAACUCCAAACUCACUCUAGUUGUACCACCUGAAUUUGCCAGCAGGGGCCUGAGUCCCAUCUCAAAAACCCAGAAAUGCCCUUGGUGUGCAAAACCACUGCUGAGGGUGAGUCCUGGUGAGCCCCCACACAAACGAUGCUCUGGGUGAUGCCAGAAAACUGUAGGGCUGCUCUUGACAGUACACUUUGCAGCUAAAUGUCUUUGGCCAUUCAAGGUGGUUUUUAAAGUUAGUAUGAAGUGUGUUUUACGUUGUUUUUGUUUUAAAAAGCCCAGCCCUACCCUCUGCCUUUAAGCAUCCUUUAAGCUGUGUUAGUUCUGGCUCACCACCGCAAUCUCUUCCUCUCUUCCUCUUUCUCUCUCUGAGUGCGGUUGGGGGUAUCAGCUUUUGUUCAAAGAGCCCAUUUGAGAUUCUUGCAUCUCCCUACACAACCCCACUGUUUCUGUCCUAUAUUUGGCUUCAGAAAUGCCCCCUGAAAGGGCCCUGGAGGUGGGGAGUGGGGAGAGACGCCUCCGUUCCCUCCCGCUUUCCUGCUGAUUCUAUGGACUCCAAUUUCCGAACUCCUUGCAGGGAGUUUCAAAUGUACUUCCUUUUUAAAUUAAAUCCACCCUCUUGCAUCGUCGCACGGCACCCCAGGGUGCAGUAAGUCAAGCGCAUUGUAUUCUGCCCAGCUCCGCUGCAAGAAGGCUGACAUUCUAACAUGUUGGCAGUUAACUCACACACACAAAUACACGCCUGUGAUAGCUGCUUGAAUCACCAGCCUUUGACAAGAAUGUUUUGCAUCACGCAGGAUGCCUUUUAAUUGCCUUUAUUUCCAGCAAAUUAACAUUGGGGGGGGGGAGGCGCGUGGAAUUACUACUAAGCUUAUUUUUCUCAUGAGCAAUAAAUAUCAGGCAUGUGCUUACAUUUAUAGUUUCCUCAGGAUAUUAAUGACUUCCAUGCGCCUAGACCUUGCAAGGAAUCUCUUCUCCCUUCCUUCCAUUUGUAUGCAAUCAUUGGAGGCAGGGCCUCUCCAGGGGUUGUGAGGCCUGGGGGUUGAAAGGGGGUUUCCAGGGCCACCGCCAAGUUCCCUUCCCAGAGGCCCUGAUCCCCCAAAUCCAUCUUCAGACUUUCAGGCCUGUACUGCACCUUGAACCCUGUUCCUCACCUCCAGCAACUGGAGAGCUGUGGCUCCUCAGUGUCCCACCAAUGGUUAUAGAGCAGAGGAGACUUUUUUUGAAGGGAGGCAGCUGCAAGGGUGAGGAAAGCCCCCUCCCCUAGGAACAAGGGUGGCACCAGCUAUUUGGGGUUUUUCAAUAGUUUUUUUAUUUAUUGCCUUUCUAUACCUCCCUUCUUCCCAGGAUCAUAAAAAGGUAAAGGGACCCCUGACCAUUAGGUCCAGUCGUGACCGACUCUGGGGUUGUGGCACUCAUCUCGCUUUAUUGACCGAGGGAGCCGGCGUACAGCUUCCGGGUCAUGUGGCCAGCAUGACUAAGCCGCUUCUGGCGAACCAGAGCAGCGCACGGAAACGCCGUUUACCUUCCCGCCGGAGCGGUACCUAUUUAUCUACUUGCACUUUGAUGUGCUUUUGAACUGCUAGGUUGGCAGGAGCAGGGACCGAGCAACGGGAGCUCGCCCCAUCGCGUGGAUUCAAACCGCCGACCUUCUGAUUGGCAAGUCCUAGGCUCUGUGGUUUAACCCACAGCGCCACCCACGUCCCUCCCAGGAUCAUAGGCCAGGCCUUUUCCAGGGUAGCAUUGUGGGAUAUUGUUCCUGCUGGUCAGUUUUUAACCUUGCAUCCUGUUUGUUAUUCUUUCUUGGUACAAUUCCACAAUACAGUGGAACCUCGGUUGUCAAACGUAAUCUGUUCUGGAAGACCGUUUGACUUCCAAAACGUUUGACAACCGAGGCGCAAAGGGUUGUCGGCAAUUUCAAUGGUGAAAAUUGAGAAAUGCGCCUCGGAAGCCGUUCGACGUCUGAGGCACGUUCGAAAAUGGAAGCAUUCACUUCUGCGUUUUUGGCGUUCGGCUUCUGAAAUGUUCGGCUUCUGAGACGCUUGAAAACUGAGUUUCCACUGUAUUUUCAAAUGAUGGUGUUUAUCGGUUCUUUAAUUCUUCACGAGGUAAGGACACAGGAACAAGUUCUUGUCCUCUGCCACCCCCUGCUCUCUGCUUUGCUUCAGCCUUUCUUGGCCUAGGAGGGAACCUGCAUAUUUUGUCUUGUGGAGAACAGAGUAGCAGCAGGGGGACAAAUAUUUUUAUUAGGAAAAUGAAACAGGAAGAGAGGAAGGGUUAACAUACAGACUUUGCUGCUACCACACCAGUGCCUUGAUCCAAUUCUGGGGACAGAAUUGUAUCUCUGCAGCUGCUACUGACUUUUUUUGUUUCGUUUUUUGGAGCGGGGAGUGGGAAAACCUUGACUUUAGCAAUCUCUUCUCCCAUGGCCAGUUGUUCCUUGAGAUAUUCUGUACACCAGCUUUCUCCAUCCUGUUGGUGCCCUCCAGAUGUUUUCAAUAACUGGGUGAUGGGAGUCCAAAAUCUCUGGAGGGCCCCAGGUUGGGGAAGGCUGCUCUAAAUGAAUAAAAAAAAAGCCUUCAGAGGGAGGGGUUCCCUUCCGCAAUUACCUGUCCGACUCCCUUGUGGUGGCUUCUCCUCUAAGGGCUCCACAUUUCAGAUGCCACCAGGGCAGAUCUGGAAGCCUAUAGCCAUCCAGGAAAGGGUUCGGAUUUGACAGCCAGAAGCCUGUUUGCUUUGCAGGGAGUUCUUGAUGCAGACAUUCCUGAUGGAGAGAAAUGGCGGAAUUCCUCCCCCAACCAUUCCUGUCCUCCCUACAUAGUUUAUUGCCAGGCGUAAUGGGAUGCCAUGGAAUUGUCUCCAUCCACGGCAUUUCAGGAGACCUCUCUCCCUCUUCCUUUCUCUCCCUCUUCCCCUCUCUCUCUCUUUCUGUUUUUUUCUUGUGUGAAACAAUCCAGACCACUCUUUUCCAUGCUUUCAAGCUCCCCUCAUUCGUUUGUGGGCACUUGCUCUUAUUUCUUUUCUCUUCUCUUUGUAAUGAAGGUUGAAAUUCUAAUCAUGGAAGAGGUGAUCAUAUGGGGAACAAUUAGGAAAGGAACUGAGAAUAAAACAGCAUUGUCUCACAAUGCCUUCUUAAAAAAGUAAAUCUCUGGUGCUGCUGCAUUUUGAAUAGCAGCACAGUUUUGGUCGCCCCGUCUGAAGAAAAUAAUAUAAGAAGUGCCUCCUGGAUCCGUCCAGCUGCAUGCCUGUCCAUUCUGGGAGCCCACAAGCAGGAUCUGAGCACAGCAGUACCGUCUCCUCCUGUGGGUUCCAGCAACUGGCAUUCAGAAGCAUUACUGCCUGUGACCAUGGAGGCAGAACAGAGCCAUCAUGACUAGUAAACAUUGAUAGCCUUAACCACCAUGAAUGGGUCCAAUGUGUUUUUAAAGCCAUCCCAGUUGCCAGCCAUCACCCAGCAAGUUCCAUAGUUUAACUAUGCAGUAUGUGGAAAGAAUGGGACACGGGUGGUGCUGUGGGUUAAACCACAGAGCCUAGGACUUGCUGAUCAGAAGGUCGGCGGUUCGAAUCUCCACAACGGGGUGAGCUCCCGUUGCUUGGUCCCUGCUCCUGCCAACCUAGCAGUUCAAAAGCACCCCAAAAAGUGCAAGUAGAUAAAUAGGUACCGCUCCAGCGGGAAGGUAAACGGCGUUUCCGUGCACUGUCUGGUUCUCCAGAAGCGGCUUAGUCAUGCUGGCCACAUGACCCAGAAGCUGUACACCAGCCCCGUCGGCCAGUAAAGCGAGAUGAAUGCCACAACCCAAGAGUCGGUCACGACUGGACCUAAUGGUCAGGGGUCCCUUUACCUUUACCUUAUGUGGAAAGUCCUGUCUUUUAACUGUCCUGAAUCUUCUGACAUUCAGCUCUAUUGAUUGUCCCCAAAUUCUAGUGUUAUGAGAGAAGGAGAAAAACAUUUCUCUAUCCUCUUUCUCCAUCCCAUGCAGAAGUUUAUAAACUUCUGUCAUGUUGCCUCUUACUCACCUUUUCUCUAAACGAAAAAGUCCCAAGUGACGCAACCUUUCUUCAUGGGGGGGGGGUCGCUCCUUUCCCUUGAUCACGUGGGUUGCCCUUUUCUGAAGCUUUUUGCCAGGAAGGCCCUGGCCUGUAGGGGGCAUCAAAGAACCAGCUCACAGCCCCCACGCUUUUAAGAUGCUGCUGUCCAGAGCUUCCCUACGUCCCCUGCCAGGGCUGAACCAGUGGCUUGAAAGGAGGUCUUUACAACAUUAGCAGUAGUGCAUAGGCAUUGGGGAAGCAUUGCAGUGCAACUAAUAAAGCAGGGUAAAUCCACCAACUGUGCAGUAUUGCUGUGUCAAGAACAUGGUGUGGAAUGCAUGCACUGCAAUAAAGCACAAGUCUCGAGGGCCACCUAAUCACAGUGCAAGGAGGACCCAGUUCUGCCAAGCAGAGGACUUGGGUGUGGAUCAUGACUGGUGACACAUGGUGGUCAAGAGAACAGUUCCCUGCCUGCCCCAUUAAGCUCACAACCUAAAAUUUGAUAAUGAAGGGAGGAGGCCGGGGAAAAGGAGGAAGAGGUCUGGUGGAGUUCCAAUGUGGGCGGGGGGAGGGGAAGGGUGCUUUUUCAGUGGCCUGAUGCACAGAAACUUGGGGCAGUGGCCUGGCUCCACUUCCUGGGCCUUCCAAACCCUCCUGCUGAAUCGAAGCCUUUGUGUGGCCUUUUGGUGCCAUGUUUCCAAGCUCCUGGUUGCUACCAAAGAGCACAGCUCAACUUUUCCAGUUGGGGGGUCCAGGACUUUUUGAGGCACCCCAGACAACUGCAAGCUCUUGGAGAGGCUUCCUCAUGGAAGGGAGCAAAAACAUCUCCGAGAGAGAAGCCAAAAGGUUGUUUCUGCCGGGGGCCACCCUGCUGUGCAGCUGCUACCCCCGGGGAGGAUGCUCCUGUCGGCAGAGGCCAGCCAUGGCAAGAUCCUGGGCCCAGCCUCUUGGACAGGGGGAGGCAGCUGUGGAGGGGAAGCAGUGAGCAAAGGCAGGCGUUUGAGCCCCUUCGGCUCAUCCCGCCCCCAUCUGGAUGUCUGCUGCAUUCUUUCUCAGGGCGGGGAAGUGUGAGCCUUUCCCCUCUGGCUGGAGCUCCAGAGGCCGAUAUAGCCUGCUACUCUCAGGAAACACAGCAGGGUCCAGGUGCACAGCUUAAUUGGAAGUGGGGCUUGAUCCUCUGGGGCUCAGCUGCUGGACAUCUAAAGCGGCAAGGGACAGUAAAGGCACUCUGGGCAUGCGUCAAGUGCUUUUGCAUCAGCUCCAAGGAAAGGCUGCCACAUGUUUUAAGAAAGGGGCUUUUCAGUUUGGGCGGCAUGUCCUGCAAACAAGCUUCAUGAGUGGUGUUUUGGGGUGUUGGGAAGCCUUUUCCUAUACAACUCUUGAACUCUGAUGCAGCUCGAUAGGCCAAGCUGUGGAGGACAAGAUCAGAGUCAAGUGAUUUCAGCCCAGGCAGAAGGGCAACCCUUUCCAGUCCGUUCCUUUGUGGGCAAAUGUUUUGGGCUGUGUGUAGCGUAUGUGUCCAAGUUUGGCCCACAGGCCUGAGGUUGCCCACUCCUGCUGUAGAGAACACAGGGCUAGAUCCAUCCCAGUCUAAGGCAGCUUCCUGUGUUCCUACAAAACGAAGCAAAACAUCAUCUUCGUGGGGAAGGUGUUGUGGUUCAAAAAGUGCCUCAGUAUCGCUUUCCAUGUUGGCUUUGGGGUGAAUGAAAGGAAGAAACUCAUGCGGUCUGAUGUUUGGCCACCUAUUAGUAAAUAGUUACAGUGUGCUUCACCAAAACAUUGCCAGUGAUGGCUGCCAAGUUAUGACAGGGCUGUGCUGUGAAGCUUCAGUUGCAGAUUUGACACUAUCAGACGAGGGCUCAAUAGAGAUUGGGAGUGGCUCACUCAUCGUUACAGAGAGGAACGUUUCCUCUUCGAGUGUUUAUGUACAACUUGCUUUGCCAAUUCAUUACCAGUCAAGAGAGACUCGCACCCACUCAGACUGGAUUUUCAACCCUUUUGAGUAGAUCAUGUUUGCAUUAGCACUUUGCAUAGUUCUAGAACAGUCCCCCCCCCCAACUGAAACACUCCAAAUGUUGCACCUUCCCUUUGUAGGGCGAUUCAUCCCUUUGACCAUUUUGGUUGUCUCUUUCUGCAUCUUUUCCAGCUCUACAUUAUCUCACCUCAGGCAGAGCCAUGAUGAUGUUGGUAGUGACUCUGCCUUGAUUUCUGCCAAGACGAGGGGGAGGCAAGAAAGUUACAGAAAACCAGGCCCUGUUCUCACAGGGAUAGCAUAUUUUCAGGAAUCUGGGGACUGAAUAUCAGCCCAGCCUUAAUUUCAUUGGUGGGAUUUCAAAACCCUUUCUGUUUUGGUGCAUUUGGGUUUUUUAAAUACAGAAAUUGCUGGAGGGGGGGGAUGUUCUCCUACCUUUUAAUAUUAGGCACUUGGCAAAGAAUUAAACUUACAUUUUUUAUUUACACCUUGAGCACUGUGGCCCCCUUUGAAUUUAGUGGCAAAUAGAAAUGUCUUGUUCACAUUGGCCUUUAUUGGGGAACAAGUCAUUACUAUUCCCCCGCUCCAAAAUCUCACAAUAGAUUAGAACAGAGGUUUUCAACCUUUUUGAGUCCAUGGCUCCCUUGACCAACUACAUUCUUUCUGUGGCUCCCCUGUGAGGAAACACACUGCGAGCCUCAGCAGCCCAGUUAUGUCACCCCUUGCCUGCAGAGCCAGCAGCCCCUCACCCCUUUUCAGACACCCUCCCUUGUGGAGUGUUGCCUCAGCCUCCUCUCUUCUCCCCUUUCCUUGGGAGUCCUCCAGGCAGCAGCCACCACUACCCCUAAUCUGAGCUGUCCUCAUACUGCUCCACAGGGGCCUGGGAAGAGGAUGCCCCCAGCCUUAGUGGCCUGAUGCAGACUGGGCAAAAGUGAGGCCAGACCUUACCUUGGGGUUUCCUAAUAAUUCCCAGGGCUCUUAACUAACUUCAAUCCCUGGGGUGAUUUGAGGGAAGCCAUGGCUCUUAAAAGUGGCAUGAUUCUGCUUUAAACGUAUAGUGCGGAUGGGGAGCUGUGCAGCAAAGUUUGUCAUGCCUGCAAAAACAGGGGAGGCGCUUGACACCCCCCACCCUUAAUGUAGCCAUGAAGAGUCAGAAAGGGGCCCUGGAUUCUAUGCUCUUGGCUUAGCAACCUCCAAUUCUUGUACUGUCAAAGGAAGGAAUCAUAACUGCAAUUGCACAGUAGGGGGUGUGGAGGGGAUCUGUGUCCAGCAGAUCACCACCAGGAAAUAACUGUGUAGGACAUCAAUGCCCGGCCAGCUAUCGGAGCCGAAAGAAAAGGGGGCCAGCAAUAGGAAUCGCUUCUUUGCACAACCAGGAGCUGCCUUACUGAAUUCACUGCCACAGGUGCAAGGGAAGAUGACCAUUGGCUUAGAAGCAUUUAAAUAAGGUUUAGAGGCAUUCAUAAAAGAGGAAAGGUUUAUCCAAGGGCUGUUAGUCAUGACAGCUGACAAUGAACACUCCAGAAGACACCUAUCACUUAAUACCAGGGGCUGGGUGCUGUCUUUCUGUCCUGGUGGCGAGUUUCCUGGAGGCAUCUGGGUAGCUCUUGAUAGGAAGAAGGGUGCUGUGGACCUUUGGUCUGAUCCAGCUGGACUGGGAACAUAAUGUUUAAAUGUUUCUUUAUUGGUUUCAUGUAGGAGAAAGGGUCCAAACUCCCUUUUGUUUCUUUGGCAGGCAAGUCCGUGGGAAGGACCUUCCAUUUGACUCUGUAAGGGUUUUUUUUGGGGGGGGGGGGAUGUGGCUUUUCCAGCUUCUGCUGCCAUCACCCAAAGUUUGCUUAAUGCCUUUCACCAAAGAUGUCAUAGGUGGCAAAAGGCAGCGAGUAAAUGUUCUUUAAUAUGAUGUAACCUAAUCCUGAUGGAUCCAAAACUGUCCUUUUUCUGAACUCCCUGUUCACGUUCUCCCAUUUCACUGAAGUUGUUGAAUGCUUGUGCUAAAUUAUAAGAAAAGGUCUACCCACAGAUGAUCCUCAGUUGGAGCCCCUCCUGCUCUUUGCUGCUUUGGCCCAUCUCUAAUUAUAGACUGUAAUAAUAAUCACCAACAUCCUUCUGAGCAGAUGAAUUUGUGAACAUCAGAAAGAUGCUUUUGCCAACCAAAAGAGAGCGAGAGAGAGUGUGCUGUGUGCGCAUCUUGACGGUGGUAGUGCUGGUGGGGGGAGGCUAAUUGGAACCACAUGUGCAAACUUAACAUUAGAAAUACUUCAUUAUAGGCACCACAAUCAGUGUUGAUAUGUAUUCUGCUGCUUGCUCUGAAAUGCCAGAAGUCAUUUAGACUAGCUAAUCCUUCCUGAGCUCUUCCCAUGGAGUUUUUAAAACUUUGUUUUAGAGCCACCAGACACAAAGAGACAUGUCCUGCACAGGCUCUCCGCAGAGCUGGCUUUGAAAUGCUCUAACAGGAGAAUUGGGGAACAUUAAGGAGGCUGGCGGGAGGCUUGCCGGAGUGAACCCUCAUCCCAAAGCUGCCUCCUGAUGGUUCACUUGGGCCUAAUCGAACAGCCACUCUUUGCAGGUCACAGGCUCUGCUAUUUGUCUCUGACCUAAGAGAUCUGGAGUGUUCUUCACAUCAAAACCAGGUCUUGCUGAGCUGAGAUCAAACAGGCAAAGGUAAAGGAUUUGGCCAGUGAUUUAUCAUGCCACGGAGAGCGAUCAGGCCAGAAGGGGCCACUGAGGAUGAAGCUGACAUUCCAGCCGUUUCUCAUAUGUGCUUAGAAGAGGGACUUCCAAGUUAAACAGAAGGAGGCCCUCCCCCCUCUCUUUUUGCUUUUUCAGGAAUAAAUAUUGAGAGAUUGUGUUUAACUACAAAUGUCUUCCCAAGGACAGCAUUUUCCAAAGCUGAUGAUUAACAGGAAGGUCUUCACCUAAAAAUAACAUGGAUACACAGACAAUCUCAGUGCUACUGCAAAAGGGGCACAUUCCACCAAGUGCAGAAGAGCAGUUCCUGCAGAAAGAUUCAGCACCUACCUUUUAUGUUUUAUUAAGAAGUCAAAAAGACACCAUCCUUCUGAACCAGACCCCAAGCUCUACUGAUCUAGUCAAGCACUCUGUUUUAAUGGCAUUUUAUUUGCUUGUUUGUUUGUUGGAUUUCUUGCCUGCACUAUACUGUGGGGUCUAAGGUACGUCACAACAAUAAAAUAUAUCAUUUGUAAAACAAAUAAAACAGUGUUAUAGUGAAUUCUAUCAUUUAGUUACAUAUUGUGCAAAGAAGGGCUCUCUUUUGUUUGUUCUGAAUCUGUUGCUGAGGAAUGUCCCAGAGUUCCUGUAUUAUAGAAGAGGGAGAAAGCGUUCUCUCUCCACGCCUCCCAUUCCAUUCAUAAUUUUAUACAUCUCUAUCAAGCCUUUCCUUAUGUAUCAUUUUCUCUAAACUAAAAAGCUCUCAAUCCUGCCAUGUAUUGUCAACUUUGUCUUCUCAGAUGAGGCACUGAGAGCCAGGGCCUUCUUAUGUGUGGCACCUCUCUUGUGGAUCUCCGCUGCUCUUGUCCUGCGGAGCCCAAGUGGUAGUGGAGGGGAGGGGAGAGGAGGAAAGCAGCACCAUGGAGAGCUCAUAGGGAGCUUCUUGCUCUAAGGAGGGCUGGAAGUGACCUGAGGCCUUUUGAAACUCUCCCUCCUAGGUUCUGCCCCCCUUUUGGAGAACAAGAGCCUCUGGAAGGGCCAGUCCACUGACCUGGAGAAGCCCUCUGUCCUAGUGUGGUCCCUAUGCCAUUGGACUGGUGAGAUAGCAUGGGAGGUACCACAGGCAGGUGCCUGUGAAGGUUCUGGCUCUGGUCCUAUAGACCCUGGUGCUGUGGGUUGUGCUUCAGUGGGCUCCUCUGCCAACCUCUGGUCCAGCUGUCCUCUGAUCUCCAGCAUCUUGGAACCUGCUCUGGUUCCUUAACUUCUGACUUGGUCACUGCAGGACUUCCCUUAGCAGCAGACCCAGACUUGGCAUGGAUUAGGUUCCGAGGUCAAAUCCCUCGUAUCUCCAAAGGAAUUGGCAACAGGUGGCAGGAAAUACCUGUCUGCCCAAGUCCCUGCCAAGCUGCUGUUUCAGUCUGAGCAUCUAAUACUGGCCCAGGCGGACCAAUGGUCCCGACAUGAUAGUUGUGUCCAUGAGCAAAAAUGUGCAGCUGUGUGCUUGUCUCCUUUUCCCAAAAAGAGGCCUUGGUUGAGGGACAGAGCACCUACUUUGAAUGCAGAAGGUUUCAGAAUCCACCCCCUGACUCUAAAGCAGCAGAGAGAGAUCAGGGGUCUCAUCUGGGUCAGCGCAGCUAAGUGAUGGGCGGGGGGGACGGUGACUAGGAUACUCAGAGUCCUCCGUAGCCAUGAGUGUGAGACCUUCACUUCACCUCACCCCCCCACCUGCCUCACAGGUUUGUUGUGAGGAUGAAGAAGGGUAGAAUACAAAUGGGAUUUUAAAAAAUCAUCCAAGGUAGCUUCAUCUGUUUAUGUAGAAGUAUCUACACUGUGUGUGUGUGUGGGGGGGGGAGAGAGAGAGAGAGAGAGAGAGAGAGAGAGAGAGAGAGAGACUGUUGCAGACUGAGCCCAGCAAAAAGUGGUAGAGGAGUAAGCAUUCCUGGACCUCAAGGCCGACGUCUGUGUGUGUGUGUGUGUGUGUGUGUGUGUGUGUCUAGGAGGCAGCAGGUACAGAAAGCAUCCAAAGCUGCCUUUAUAGUUGCUCAUCCCUAGCACCCACCUGGCCCAGUAUUGCAGCUGCUUCCAGGGGUUCUUGCCACAGAGGCUAUUCCCAUCUCCAACUUCCUGGGAUCCUUUUUAAUCAGAGGUUGAACCACAGAACCUAGUCAAACUCCCUGUCCUCAAGACCUUUCUCCAAGAUCUCCCCUCCUGUCUCUUAAGCCCCUUCGCUCUAGGCGUGCCCUCUGGGGCCUCCUUUGCACCCUUCUGUGGGACCAACAGCCUUUCAGAUCCCCCCUCAGGUUUCUCUUCCUCUGGCUGACCUGAGACCUUCCUUUCUGCCAAAUCUGUGCCCUGCCAAUAAGCUCUGGGUCUCUAUUCCCCGUACCUCAUAUUUGGAAAACUGCAGGAGCCAGUCACUUUGGGGACAGAGUGUGGGUGGCAGAGACAGACAGGGUCCGAGUGACCGUCUUCCACCUUUGCCAGAAUCUGUGAUGGCCUUUGCAGAAGGACAAAGUUCCGCUGGUGAUGAGUCCCUAAAGCCAAAUUCCUCCAAAGCGAAAUGUUCAUUGGGAAGGAUUCUUCAGCCAGCUGCUGGUGGGUAGCUGAUCCCAGGAAUGCAUCGUCAUUCCCUGGCGGGAAGGUUUGGGCUUGUGUCGGAUCAGGACAGCCAUGUGCUUGAGAGCAAAUGAGCCCUGAGAAAUCAAGACACAUCACGCACCACACCUUGGGUUGGGGAGGAUUUUCCUUUGCCAGGCUCAACACUGGAGCUUUUGAAAAGUUUCCAAACAGAGAGGAAAUGAAGGAUAUGAAAUUUCCGGAGGCACAGGUGCCAGGUAUCUUCAGUGUUAUGAAAUAUUUACCAAGGGAAGCGGGGGCUGCUGGAUUUUUUGCAUGCCUCCAAAAUUAUCCCCAAAAAGUGUCAUUAUGCACUCAGCUCCUGCAGCCUCGAGAUGGUCGCUUGGGGCCAAACAGCUGAGAUUCCUCCCUUAAGCUUCUUUGGCAUCCGAUGCCUCCCCCCCCCCCCCCGCCAAAAAAAACCCUCUUGGAGGAACGAGCCUCAUAUGAAAAAGGGAUCACUUUGAUGGAACUGAAACUAUAACCAGCUACUAAAUCAAGAGAGCUAGGAAAUUCCAAUUCAUCCAAAAACAUGCUUCUCUCCUAUGGGAAGCUGUUAUUAUGUGGAUGUAAAAUCCUCUUCCUGUAUGGGGGAGAGGAAAAAAACAUUAUGGAAUUGCAGAACUACAAGAACAUGGUUUAUUAAAUCCAUGGGAAAAUAAUUCCACCUUGGAGGACCCGAGGGCUCAGGCUUAAUUUCUGUCCACUGGCUGAGGUUCUUGCUGGUGCUCCAGGGAGGUCGCCGCAGAUGCCUGAUGACAUCAUCACGAAUCAAUAUUGAAGGAGGAAUGAAAAUUAUUCACUCGCACGUCGUUCCAGGACAUAUUUCAAGAGAGGAAAUGAAAGGUUACACUGCAUGCCAUCCAUGUUGAUUCGUUGGCCAGUGGUGAUUGUGAUUUGGUUGCUUUUAAUUGCAGAGUUUAAAAGGAGAUAUUAGAAAAAAGAGACUCAGUGGAUGUAUUACUGUUCAUGAGUUUUAAACAUUGUCCUGUCCAAACUGGGUGGAUGUUAGAAGGAAUUUGUAUUCAAACCCCCAAACCACUUUGGUUCUAUACAGAAUAGAGCAGAAAAUUGUCAAAUUUGAAACUGGGAUGGGUGGGUAGGUUUUAUACAAUAAUUUCUUAGCUGCAAAGAAUAGAAAGCCUGGUGUGGGAUUUAUGUUUUCUAUCUGAAGUGAAUCCCCUGGGCACUAGGAAAUUUCUCUUUCCAUAAAUGUGAAUGAACUCCAUUUUACUUGUCGCUAAGAAAUGGAUGAGACACAUUCAUUCUCAGUUUUGUGUUCAACACGACCAGGAUGUGUCCACAGGGCCAUUAUUCAAUUUAGUUUCAUAACACGAGGCAAGGGGCGAUUUAGAUGUUGUCAUGGGUGGCAGAGUGUCUUGUACUCUGCUUAGCUGUCUCCCAUUUCCUUAUUAUUUUGGAACAGUGGAGGCUGGCUGGUCAUUUCUCUUUCAUAAGGCAGGCUGUUCCAACGACACUCCAUGGUUUGGGCAGGCAGGAAAUCGGGAGAGAAUUGGCUGACUCUUCCUCCCAGCUGCAACUGGAGACAGUCUGCUGGCAGUUUCCCAAUUCCCAGGCCAUGAUCCCGAAGGCUGUAGGUGCCUCUACGACAACCCACUACGGGAGAGGUUAUAAAUAGUAUUGUUGCCACACAAUUUAAAGGUAGGAGCCAUCAGUGGGGCUUUGGCCCCUUGCAGGGUAGAAGGAUCUGUGUGAUAUCCUGGGGUUCUGUGCCUGCUCCUAAGUAGAGGUUGCCUCUGUCAGCCUGAGGCUAUGAGGCCCCUUUUCUUUGGAUUUGGGGUGUGAGGAGCCAGCACCAUUGACUGAUGAUAUCCUAGAAUUGGGCUGGCAGGGGGAAACAAAGACCAGAAGAUGGAACAGGCAGAGCAGAGCUGUGGUCCACAAGUGCACAGGACCGGUUGGAAUGGAAGCACCUCUUCCCAUUCUGAUGCAGUUUGCACAUCUGGCAAACCAUGCAGGAGGCCUCUGAUUCCUUGCAGGAGAUUGACAGUCCUUUUGAGGAGAAACUGGACCGGCAGGAGGAUAGCAUCCUUUACCCACCAUGGAUAUGCACUGACUCGUUUUCUUUCCCCUGCCUGUGGCCACCGGACAAGGGCUUUUGAAGUGCUACUAAUCCUGUUGAAAGGAGUCUGGAAAGGGGACGAGUAGCAAGAAGGCCUCUUUCCUCCAAGCACCUUCUAGAAAAAUAGUCUGCGCUGCCUCAAGGCCUCCUUGCCCUGCAGAGGAAGGGAGGGAAGGAAGGAAGGAAGGAAGGAGAAGUUCUUCCCUCUCUGGGCAAAGUGAUCCAGAGCACCUCCUCCACAGAGGACGAGGUAGGAUCCACAAGGAGAGCCCUAUGGAAAUGGACCAAGGGUGGUUUCCUUAGCCCUGCACCCUGUUUCCAGAUGCCAGUGGGAAACCCAGAGGUAGGACAUGAGGAAGGCUGCCUUGAGGGGGUGCACUCUGCCAGAGCCAUGCCCCAGCAUCCUUGGGGGGCACAUUUCAUGGCUCCAGUCUAAGAACUGGGCCAAUCACAUGCCUUUUCUGGAUAUUUAUCCCUCUAUUUUUCUGAAGGCUGAAGUGGCUUACAGCAUUUCAGCAUUUUAAUGUCCUAACUAUGAAACACCAGUAAAAAUAGCAUUCACAGGGUGAGGUGGUGGUGGGAGGCUCUCCCUCUCCCAAGAACCGGGUGAGAUCCCGGAAUUCAGAUGCCAGGGGAGAGCAGGGACAUUGGGAGUUCAGCUCUGGGCUGCAGUUAGUUUCUGAGCUGUGAGGCGAUAGCAGCAAAUGUUUAUGUGUUUUCCGUGUUACUUGCAAAAUAUAUCAAGUGUUUCUCUCCAUCCUACUGCCCCCCUUCCAAUUUGGCUCAGUUCCAUGAACCAUGCCCCCAUGAGCUAAAUUACUUAACUGCUUACAGUGCCACAUAGCAAACACAUGACACCCCUUUUAGCAAACCACGGAAUGUAACUCUGGGGUUCAAACCAAAACAAAUGACCUCAGCAACUCUUGGGAGAUUAUACACACACACACACACACACACACACACACAUAUUUACACACACACACACACACACACACACACACACACUUAAAGCAGAAUUAAGUUGUAAAACCCAAUGGCUGAUUUAUGGCCGCAGUCAGCCUUAAUUAACAUUGAUUCCAGGGGAAUAGUAAACGUUGAAUAGGGUUCACAAUUGAAGCUGAACAAUGCCCUCUCUGGGUGUUGUUCAAUUUGUAGCAUGAUUUACAUGGAGGCGAGCCCUUCCAUUCCUGGGGUUAUCCCUUUUUCAUCUGGUCCUUGGGAUGAGUUAUAUAUAAUCCACUGAUAGCAACAUUUGCUGUCAAAUAGUCCCCUUGAUUUAAAGUUACCCACUACAAUGGUCACUAUAAAUAAGAAGGAAAUAAAAGAGGGAAACGAAAACCCAAUUUGAGGCUUUGCAGGGAUUCCUUGUUUGGGCAAUGUGUCAUCGCUUGUCCAGGCCCGUGGCGUUUUUACGAACUGGCCGUAAUGAAAGUCAGAUCAAAUGUACAGGCUCUAAACAUUUAAUCAACAACCACUGGAACCGGACAAGUUCUUUAAAAGCCCCAGCAAGCUCAAAUUUAUUGUCUAAGAACCUCGGUCUUGGUGGGGAGGGAAGCCGGUGGAGGAAUGGCACUACCUGACACCAAACGCCUAAAACUUUCAAAACGUGAGUUAUUUAAACAUAAGGUUGUGCUUGUAAAGCCGCCAGCUGCUGGAUUUCAAGAUUUGAAACCCUUCCAAGAGUUUGGACGAGGUACUUUAUAUGGGCAGGAGAGUAAAUACUCCAAUUUUACUGCCAAUUUAGAGGCGCUCGGUUUACAGUAAUGAGCUUGCCUUGACCGUCCUUUGUUUAUAGAAAGUGGAACAGGAAGAAAUGAACGUUAACCAUUAACAGUAGCAAUCCCUCAAGCCUCUCCUUCUCUCUCUGCUCCAUGCCAGGCUGACGCCUUGCUCUUAUUGGAAGGCUGGCUGGACACCUUGUCAACCGCAACUGGUCAUGUAGAGAAUAAAACUAUUGGAGUGGAUGCAGGGUCGCUCAAAAAGCGGCCUUCCAACAGCAUUCUCCAAACGCUGUCUGUGGAACUCAUUGUCACAGGGUGUUGGAUUGACUACUUGCACCAGCAGCUUGUCAGGAUCAGCCCUUCCAUUAGGCAGAGGGAAGCAUCUGCUUCAGGUGGGAUGUGGCCAGGGUUAGCUUCAGCCACCUUCCAUCACCCCCCUCACACACACCCUGAAUUUCCUCAGCUAGCAUGCUGCCCUCACAGACCUGGGUGGGGAAAUGUUGCCUAAUUCCUUGUGUGGGAGUCAGAUUCAGUGGGUGGUCCAGUUGGAUCCUGCACAUGGAAUGAGGUCAUGCGUCCCAUCUUGGCCUUCUUUGCCUCAGGCAGCAAAAUCUCUUGGGCAAACUUUGCUGAGGUCUGGACAGUGGUGAUGCUGAAGGCUGAUAUCUCUUCGUUGCUCAGAUCUGGAAGGAGUUAAGGUAGGGCUGCCAUACGUCCAUAAUUUCCCAGGUAUAUGUGGGAUUCGCCCGUUGUGUGUGUCCAGAUUUCCACUUGAAAUAGGGCAACCCUAGUUAAGGAAUAUCACCUGACUCACUCCGGCCUAUUGGUGAGAUUCCUUGGGUGGUAAUGUUAUUUCAUGGCUCCGUAGGUCCUUCCCUCAGCCAGAGAUGGCAGCAGGGGGCAGCACAAUGGCUGGACAUAGGUAAAUGUAAAGGGACCAUUAGGUCCAGUCGUGGCCAACUCUGGGGUUACAGCUUCCGGGUCAUGUGGGGAAGGCCGCCAAGUGUUGUGCUGUUGUUGUCUGUUGAAUGUCUCAGUUGCUCCCAUCUCUGAAGGUUGGAUCUCUGCUUGUUCUUGUGAUCCAAGCAGAGACUUGUGAUCCAAGUCAGGCAUCUGUUUUAAGAGUUGGUCUUCUUUGUGAUGCGUCUUGUAUACUGUAAAGAACUUUGGGUGCCUGGAAUCCUGUUAGGAAGGUAUUCUGUCCCCUACUCAAAAGGCGUCAAGGAGUUUUGAGUGGUGGUGGUGUAGCAAAUGGAGAAGCAGAGAGGGAAAACUUGCACAGACUCAAUGGACUGAAUGGCAGCUAGAGAUGGGUUUUGAGAAGGGGUGCACCAGAAAAUGUCCAGAUGGAUGGAUAGAUGAUAGAUAGAUAGAUAGAUAGAUAUAGAUAGAUAGAUAGAUAGAUAGAUAUAGAUAGAUAGAUAGAUAGAUAGAUGAUAGAUGAUAGAUGAUAGAUGAUAGAUGAUAGAUGAUAGAUGAUAGAGGAUAGAGGAUAGAUGGAUAGAUAGAUAGAUAGAUAGAUAGAUGAUAGAUAGAUGAUAGAUAGAUAGAUAGAUGAUAGAUAGAUAGAUAGAUAGAUAGAUAGAUAGAUAGAUGAUAUAGAUGUCUUCAUGUUUGCAAGGGGGAGGGGAGUAUGUGCCAUUUGGAUUUUCCGCCUUCGGCACCGAAAUAUUUUGAGCCAGUCCUGCAUCUUGGAUCAAGGCUCCGUUAAUUCCACACAAUGUGUUUUCAUCUCAAUCAACGGCUUGUUUCCUUGAAGAAGAGUAAAGUUGGAGAUGAUUUCACAUUAUCUGGGUGAUUCCCAUGACAAAAAGGUUUAUGUUUUGAGAUGGGGUAUUUGGAUGGCUGAGCUCUGGGCGGAUUUGCCUUCAUUCUGGAUAGUUGUGUGAUUUUAACAAUUUGGGGUUUUGCAGUUUCUCUUUGUGCUCCGAGAAUCCCAAUUUCAAUUUCAGGCAAUCCACUUAAGGCUUUAAAUCCUAUCUCUCUUGCAAAAGGACUGUUGAUUUGGAGUGACAGAUGGAUCCAGGCUUUCAUGUUAAUUUGCAGAAGCUGGUGAGCUAGCCAAACUUGCUGCAGCAGAUCCUGCCCAUGGCGUGUGUGGCAACACAUCACACACACACACACACACACACACACACACACACUUCAUUACAAAAAAGAGCCGCUCCCCAAAAUAAGAUGUGCCAAGACACCUUAACAGCACAGAUGAGAACAGUACCACCAUCUUAGUAGCUGCAAGUUUUAAAAACAAAAAAACCCCUCUGUGGCCUCAUUUCUGAAUACCAGACUUAGUACUUGGCCAUGGAAAAGAAGCAGCAAAGUAGCUGAGUGCAUGUAUCUCAGGAGCACCUUGCAGACUGAGUGCCACCACCAAGAAUGCCCUACCCUAGAGAUCAUCCUUAAAUCAGCCAGAGCAUCCUUUGUUAACCUGAUGCCCUCCAGACGUUCUGGACUACAACAACAGUCAACCCAAAACUUCCAGCAGAAACCACCUUGACAAAGGCUGGGGCCAAGGAUGUCAGUGAGCCUCCCACCCUCUUUGAUGAAAGCAAAUGUGAGGAAGCACAUAUAGCUUUAAAAAGUUACCUUUGUCUUUGUUUAAUAUCCAUUUUUUCCUCAUUCAGAUUUUUAUCAACAAUGAAUGGCAAAACUCAGAGAGUGGGAAAGUAUUCCCUGUGUCCAACCCUGCAACAGGAGAGCAGAUCUGUGAGGUGCAAGAGGCUGAGAAGGUAAUGUAUCCUCGGAAUUUGUCUUCUCCUCAUGACACCUGGCCUGCCCUAUCCCUCAGCUCAGGCAGAGAAACAGAUUCCUUCUCACCCUCCAUGUGACAACACUUCAGCUGGCACGUGGGCACUUUGCCCACCCAAAGGCCCUCUCUGCCCAUCUGAGCCACUGCCAGCCAUUGGCGAUGGGCAAGGGAUUAAGAGGUUUCCUGUGUGAUGAAGAAGCGGAAACAUUUAUCUGGUAACUUCUCAAAGCCCCCCCACCCCCACCUGGCACAAUCAGGGUCGCCCUCUCCCGAUUACCUGGGAAAUGGCAGGCUGUGGGCAAAUGGAGAAGGGCUCUUAGGCUACCUCCAAACCUCAGUGCCCCAAUCUCUCUGGCCUCUGGAAUGGAACUGCAGCCACAGUCCCCUGGGAGGGUCUGCUGUGCUUGAGGAAGGGGCACUCGGAGGCUUGCCCUCACUGCCCAAAGUGUGUCAUGAGAAGCAUCUAUCUGCCCUCUCCAGCCAGGCGGCCUUGCAGCCUUCCCUGGGCAGCAACCCAGGUUACCUGGUUCCAGUUCAUGGUUGUCUAAGUCAGCCUCAUCUUUUUUUUUUUUAAUAUAAUUUUUAUUAGUUUUUUAAGAUAUCAUUUUCAACAGUAAUUAAACAUACUUUUACAUCUUAUUCAAUUUUUUUUACUCCCAUCAGUCCUGUCUGAAAAUUUUCCAAUCUAAUCUCUCAGUAUGCAUUUCUUAUCCUCCCUAUUACAUUUCAAACUCAUAACCAAUAUCUCUGUCUUUUUCUACUUUGUAACACUUUGUAUAUUUCUCCUUACAAAGCUUCUUGUAGUCCUACUAGCAUAAUUUGUUGGUUACAGUUGCUCUCAAAUAAUUCAUAUACUUCUUCCAAUCUUCUGUAAAUCUCUGGUCCUGCAGGUUUCGAAUCCUUCCUGUCAUUUUGUCCAAUUCUGCAUAAUCCAUUAAUUUCGUCUGCCAUUCUUCUUUCGGCGGAAGUCAGCCUCAUCUCAACCCUGGUCCAUUCCAGGUGCUUCAGACUACAGCUCUCUGCUUUAACACCAGAUCAUGUCUUCUUUUCACCUGUGCAUGUUUUAAUCCGACGAAAGACGCCUUGAGUCUUUUUGAGAGAAAAAAAGUGUGUAAGGAAUUUUUAAAAACUGCACUAAUGAAAUGCAUGGGAACAAAUCCUAAAUGUCUUUCGUGUAUUUUUCAAAGACACCUAUCAGUCAGUCCGUCAAUCCACCGACAUCUUUUCUUCCCAACAAGGAUUGUUUCUGGUGCCGUGUUUGUACUUUGUACUCACUAAGGUUUCUCCCCCCCACCCUUUGACAGCCUGACACAGACAAAGCCGUGAGGGCCGCUCGCCUCGCCUUCUCUCUGGGCUCCGUGUGGAGGAGGCUCGAUGCCUCGGAAAGGGGGCGCCUUUUGGACAAGCUGGCUGACCUGGUGGAAAGAGACAGAGCCUUACUGGCUGUAAGUUUUGCAAUGGGACUGGUGGGAGCGGGGCGCUGUUUUUUCUGCCCGCUGAGAGUACUGUUAAAAAUGCUUUGGGCAUCAGAAUAUGACAUGCAAAUAAGUUUGUUUGAUGUGCUUUUAAAAACGUUUUAUUAGAGCUGCCACCCAAUUAAAAAAAAGUAUGAUUUUUGUUGAUUUGGUAGUUCAGCCAUGGUCAACCUGGAACCCUCCAGAUGUUGCUGGACUCCAACUCCCAUUAGCCCCAGCAUCAUAUUGUCAGAUUGGCUGAAGCUGAUGGGAGUUGGAGUCCAAAAUAUCUGAAGGUUGAAUAACAACAACAACAACAACAACAACAGAAGCAGCAGCAACAGCAACAACAACAACAACAUAUUUGUACCCUACCCAUCUGUCAGGGUUGCCCCAGCCAGUCUGGGUAGCUUCUAGCAUAUAUAAAAACAUAGUAAAACAUUAAACCUUAAAAAGCUUCCCUAUACAGGGCUGCCUUCCUAAAAUAUAUACAAUUGCUCACCUUCUUGACAUCUGAUGGGAGGGCAUUCCACAGGGUGGGCGCCACUACCGAGAAGGCCCUCUGGCUUAACUCUUCUCUUCCCAGAAAGCCCUAAUGAGAAAGCCCUUGCUCCACAUCUGGGCAAUUGAGGUCCAUGUAUGUUUAUGGCAAGGGUCAGUUCUUGAAGCCUCCCAUAUCAAAACAGCCCCCGUGACAUGGCUCCUAGAUGGCAUCUGCCACUGGGCAGGUGUCCUGAGAAGAAGGUCUCUCAGCAAAGCAUCCUCUUGCUGAAUGCAGGCUGCUGAAUUCUGCAUCAGGAGAGGCUUCUAUACAGUCUCCAAGGGCAGCACUGCAGAAACAGGUGGGCAGACCCUCUUGCGACUGUAUAGCUUCUCCCACUCUAGCGCUUUGGGGAGAAUGUUGUGUCAGAGGCUUGUGCCAGGAGCAACUGUGACUGUGUCUGUGUCUGUUUGGGCUGUGGAUCCCUCAAACCUUCAGGCUCUGGGGUCCAAACGCACUCUCUGUGCAUGUAAACCCCAGCUCUCCAACCCCCUUCACUGGGGCUUUUGUGAGAGAUGCCCUUGGUGGAUUGGGUGCUCAGUGGGUUGCUCGCAGCCUGAAGGCUGGAGGUUGCCAGUCCCCUGCUAGAAUAAUAAUUUCUGAGCCUGUGCAAAGCAAUCCGCACCCCCCCGCACGCCAAAGAGAGAACGCUGAGCUGCACAGUUCAGGCACGACGCGGAGGAGCACAUGUGGUCGGCCCCGACAUGGUGGCACUCUUAAUGUUAUUUUCCACAUGUCAAGUGCUUUGAACUAAGCCGGCAAACAUCUUAAUUCCAGCUUUGUCAACACUUAAAUCAUCUUACCACCAGUGUAUGCUGUAAAAUCGCCACGGGGAGAAGCGGAGGGGCCCAGCAAAUCAAGUCAGCUCCCUGCCUGUCGCUGGAUUUGCGGUUCCCGAGCCAAAUUCUUUAUUGAGCGGAGCCCACCGCCUACCAUGCCACUGACUUCAAUUGCAGGAUGGGAGGCAGGGGGAAAAAUAUGGCUAUUGCCCUUCCGUAUAUCAAUGGGAUUUAUGGCUCACAUCCAUUUGUGUGUUAUACCUGCUUUCACGGAUACAUUUCCCCCAGCUUGGAACUAUCGUGGGGAGAUAAUGGUGCCUCUUAAAAGUGAUUUAAGCGAUCUGGGUGGAAAUUUUAUGGGGUUCCUUAAGAGGAUCUUUAAGGUCUUCUUUUUAAAAUGGGAAUAUCCCCUUAAAGAAGGGCCCGUGGCUUGUUUCAUUGGGGCUCGGAGCCUUCCUAGAGAAGAGCAGGCUUAUUUGAUGACGGGCUGGACGCUGUAGAUAUCACAUCGCUCAGCAGGGGUCUUGGCAGCCAUGGCAGAAUUCCUUGGAGACUUGUUCCAAGGAACAGUACAGUGGCAAAGCAAAGUGAGGAACACAGAGGAGUGUGGCUUUUUCAGAGCAGGUGUGAUGGCAUCACCUGCCAAAGUGCUAGGAUACCGGUAAUUGGCAGACCCUUCCAUGCUCUGGUAGAUGCAUGAGGUGAUAAGGAGGCUUUCACAUUUGUUUGUGACAGAUUAGAGGGAAGUCAGAGGAUGAAGAAAAUAAUCAAGGGGAGGCUGGAUACAUCUUUCUUUUCCUUUAACACGGUUCCCACUUCACACAAGCAGUUUAAAUGACACAUGUCUUCUCUGCGCAAAGUUUUGCAUUUUUAACGAAAAGCUAAAGUUUGCAUUUCAUCUGAAGAUAUUUGGUUAAAUGUGUUGGUUGAUGUGUUUUCCAAACUGAAUCUGUGCAGUUAGAUGCAGGCACCACUGAGUUCAAUGGAGCUUCUCCCAGGAAAUGAUGCCUGGGGUUGCAGUCACACUGAUCCUGAAAAACUGAGCAGGAUGCUACUUCCUGCUGCUCUUUGGUGCAUGUAAACGAAUAGAUCAAGGCUGCUGCCUGAGAUUUAGAGCUCUAGUUGGGGGUUAUCACGAUGUACUCCUGUUCUUCAAAAUUUACUAUGAUACCACUGUUUCAGAAGGACAAGCUGACCCUUCGGUUUCAAUAUGUUUCUUAUUAGGAGAGGGUUCUGGCAAGCUCUCUCCCAGCUGCUGUCAUUAAUGUAGCAAAGCCCAAGGCUUUCGUUUUUCAGCUUGGCCCCUGUCCAUAGGAACUUCAGGUUUAUCUGGCUGACCUGAGCCCAGUGGCAAAAGCGAGGCAGACAACUCAAGGGUAUUGGUAUCGUCAGCUUGAAUGGUGGAGAAAGGUGGAUCUAUGGAGCACACAUGGUCUUCUGGGAAGUUUUCCUGUAGCUUGUCACCUGCAGAUGAACAGGAGCUAUGCAAGAGCAUUGCACAUCUCCCAGUCAUGUCAGUGCGACUUGUACAGGAGAACUUCCUCCUAAGAUGCCCUCUUUCUGUGCUGUUGGGAACGGGCCUCUUUCUGGGAUACGUCCUGUGCCCCCAUUUAUAGCACUGAACUUUGGCAACUACCAUCCAGCUAUGCCCAUUUCUUCCGGGCUUCUUUGCCCACUCCAGUUUGAUCACCAGGAUCCCCCACAAUGGCUCGGAAGUUGCUGACACAGCAGCUGAGAUGCCAGGAGCAAUUUGGGAGCGUACCUCUCAGAUUAUGUGCUGUUCAUCCACACCCCGAAAAAUCUUACCACUCCAGCCCCUUUGUACAGCUGGACCAGCCCUAGCUCACAGUGGCACUUUGAUGAGCUUCUGCAGAUACGGAGACAGGAACAGCUGUCCAAAGGGGCCCUGUGACUUCCCUUGGCAUAUGGACUAGGCACAUGAGAGGUACAGUCAGGAAUGCACUCUGAAAAGACCGAUGUUAAAGAGGCAGUCCCUGGUGUAUGCCCAGCCAACUUCCUCAGGCCUUUAAGGGUCAAAAUCCAGUGAAAACUCACCAGUUGCAAAUUAUAAUAGCCUUUUUCUACUGUCCUGUCUCUGAAUAGGAAAUGGUUGUGAUCGCUGGCUCUACAUGCCUUUUCUUUUGUCUUCUUUCUCCUCCAGACCAUGGAGUCACUGAACAGUGGGAAGCCCUUCCUGCAGGCUUUCUAUGUUGACCUUCAGGGCGUCAUCAAGACUUUGCGCUAUUAUGCUGGCUGGGCAGACAAAAUCCAUGGAGCGACCAUUCCUGUGGGUAAGUCAAGUCCUUUGAAGCAACAGCUCCUGCCUACGAGGACAAGGCUCUCCUGGGGUUUUAUUUGUGUCACGAGUAGACCGAGGGCAUCUCUGUAGCUCUUAGCCAGGAUGACAGCUAUAGAGAGAUGUUUCAUGUUCACAGGCCGUGUGUGUGACAUCUGCCACUGAGAGAGGGAUGUUGCCGCCUCCCACUCCAGGCUCUCCUCCUGGGCCUCCUGGGGGCAUUUGGGCUGGUGUGGCAGGAAGCAGGAUGCGGAGUGAAAUGGACCGUGGACCAGAUGGCUCCCUGUUUGGGGAAAGAGUGUGACUCAGAAUGUAUUAUUUAUUUAUUGCAUUUACAUCCCAUCUUUUUCUUCUCUAAGGAGAUCAAAGUGGUGUGCACAGUUCUUCCUCUCCUCAUUUAAUCCCCACAACAACCCUGUAAGGUUAGUCAGGCUGAGAUGCAGUGACCAGCCCAAGGUCACCCACUGAGCCUCUGCAUGGCCAAAGGGAGGGGGUUGAACUCUGCCCUCCCAGUCCAAUUCUGACACUAACCAUUCCCAGAGGCGUUUGAAGGCAGAGCGACCGGUUCAGCUGCACUGGGUGCUGGCGCUGCAAAGGGCACUGCAACAACGAUGCAGAGCAGAGUGGGGGAGGCAGGUGGCUGCCUCAUUUUAGUGUUGCACACGGUGCCACUGAAAUUUGGAAGCCCAAAGUCCGUCACUGCACCACACACAUGGGGGGGGGGGCAAGAGCAGAGAACAGCUGUCCAUCCUGCCCCCGCUUCUCAUUCCAUGGCCUUUGGCUCCCACACCUAAAAAAGCAGCUCUGCUCAGAUGCAUUGUGGAGGCUUUGCCACUCAGCCAGAGAACCUGAACAUCAAUUGCUGCUUGCUAGGGAGACUGUGUUUGAAAAUGUGCAAAAGAACCCCUGCCAGGUAACUGUGAGUCUCUGAAUGUCUGGCGCUCUCAGGCCCCUCCAUUUUGUUCCAGUGGGGGUGAAAGCAACUGCAAAGGGUGCCUGGCUUGCCAUCUCUUGGAGAAUGCAGCUGCCCUGAACCCCCAGUAACAACAGGCAUCUGAACCAGUCUGCGUUGGGAGCCUUCAAGUGUAGAGUCUCUAUGCCCUCCCUUCUUCCACUGCUGGCUCAAGCUUCGCCACGGAGGCUUGGGAGCUGGCUUAUGCUCUUGCCCCUCCAGCGGGAGAGCAUUUGGACCCUAUUCCAGAGUCUCUGUGCUAUUGACAGAAUUUGGCCUGUUCAGUGCCCACUGCAGCUGCUUUCCUUCCACACACUGCACCAAGGAAAGUUUGUUUCAUGGUGGUGAUUCUUUUUUUGACAAGGAGGGAGGAUGACUUUACAGCUCUCUUGGGUUUCUGUUGUCUCACCAAAGGCAGAGAUGGCCUUUCCUCCCCUUGGCGGCAGCGCUGAGUAAUAGUCUAAUAUUGCACACAAAGGUGAAGACAACAAAGGCCAGCGUGAAACAUGACACAGGGCUUUUCUUCGUUCCUCUAGCAGCUAAUUUAGUUGAUUUAAAAGGGGCUUGGUGGGUGGGAAAGUUUGUCGCGGGAGGGGGAGAGACUUUAAGAGGCAGACGGCUUAGCCUGGAAUAGGAGCACAAAGUCACUGCAGGCAGAGUUAAACCCGGCACCCACCCAGGAGGAACUCUCUGCAGAAGAAGCCAAUGUCCAGAUGGUUGCACUGGGUGUAAUUGGACACCCCCAAACUGACCCCAAAAUCUUCAGGGGAUUAUUAACACCCCUCUCCACAUUUGCACACAGAGCCAUAGCUUUGGAAUGCAUGAAAUAAGAGUAAAUUCUCACCGAGCAUGUGCAGAGUGUCUGAGUAAUUGCGCUUCCAAGUCAUCUACUGUGAUGGGCUGGCUGGAUGCAGAGGAAUGGUGGGAGGCACCAGCUGGGGAACCCCCAACAGAAGAAGGCUCAGAGCCUGGAGAGUGGUGGUGGGACGACCAUGAGUGGUCAGAGGGAGAAGACUGGGGGGAGGAGGUGUCGGAAGCUGAAGAGGCAACAGGGUUUAGUGAGCAGGGAGAGGCUGUGGCAGAAAGAAGUGCAGAAGCAGAAGUGGAAGCAGAAGAGGAGAGAGGCCAAGAGGUAGAGAUCAGGCAGGCUGUUGAGGAACCCAGGGGGUCUCUCCCUCCUACUGCAACCAACUCCUCUUCCCCCUGGUCUCCCAGAACCUGAGAAGGUAUGAAGAGGGCAGAGUAAAGACAGGCAAGGUGAUACAGCUUCAGCUUGCUUGAGAAGGAACCUGGGGUGGAGGAGAUUUAGAGAGCGGUGGGAAGGCAGAGAUCUUCAGUCCUCGCAACUGCCUCAUAGGGGCAAGUUCUACCAGGAAGAGUUGCUGUGCUCACUAGGCCUGGCCUCCUGGGCUGUCUUGUUGCUUUGAAUAGUUAAGUUCACAGAAGCCAUGUGAGUUAUUGCUGACCUGCUCCUGGCACCAUCCUCUGUCAUCUGAGGGCGUAGCUUCAACUAGGUUUCAAUGAGAGCACAGCUUCUCCUGUUUGGACUCAUUGGUCUCCCCAAGGUAUUGCCUGCCUGACAAAUUUUCGGAAGCACUUGCUGCCACAUGGAUUGGGGCUACCCCACUGUGUGUUGCUGGUUGCCUGCUGGCUGGUGGAGGAUGGGAAACAGGCCACAUGAUGGCUCCCAUCCUUGUGACAAGUGACUGUGCAGAGGGACGAUGCUCAUCCUUUUCCAGCACCAACUGAAUCUCCAUGCUGGGACAAGGUUCAUCUGCUCCAUUUCUCUUUCAGUCAGACUGAAGGUACAGGAGCAGGACCCAUGAAAAAAGGUGGCAACCCUCAUUCACUGCUCCCUAUCAGCUACGAGGGAGCAACAGGGAGUAUUUAUCUAAACAGACAGAUCCUGGGAUUUGUUGUUGUUUAGUCGUUUAGUCGUGUCCGACUCUUCGUGACCCCCUGGACCAGAGCACGCCAGGCACUCCUGUCUUCCACUGUCUCCCGCAGUUUGGUCAGACUCAUGUCUGUAGCUUCGAGAACACUGUCCAACCAUCUCGUCCUCUGUCGUCCCCUUCUCCUUGUGCCCUCCAUCUUUCCCAACAUCAGGGUCUUUUCCAGGGAGUCUUCUCUUCUCAUGAGGUGGCCAAAGUAUUGGAGUCUCAGCUUCAGGAUCUGUCCUUCCAAUGAGCACUCAGGGCUGAUUUCCUUAAGAAUGGAUACGUUUGAUCUUCUUGCAGUCCAUGGGACUCUCAAGAGUCUCCUCCAGCACCAUAAUUCAAAAGCAUCAAUUCUUCGGCGAUCAGCCUUCUUUAUGGUCCAGCUCUCACUUCCAUACAUCACGACUGGGAAAACCAUGGCUUUAACUAUACGGACCUUUGUUGGACCUGGGAUUUACUGCUCCCCAAAAGCCCACUCACCCAAUCUCCAUCGGUUGGCUAGUUAGUGGGGCACUUUGCCUGGGGUCAGAAAUUCAGAGAAUCAUAAAAUUGUAGAGUUGGAAGGGACCACGAGGGUCCAGUUCCUUAUAAUGCAGGGAUCUUUUCCUCUCAACCCUGAGAUUAAGAGCUUCAUGCUUCAACAGAGGCCUUGCAAUUUUUGAAAGUGAAAUCCUGGACUUGAGAAGAAAGGGGUGUUCUGAUCCAUGGGACCUUAUAUUAGGUCUUAUUCUCCCAUUGUUUGCACAUGUCAAGCAUUAAUGUGUUCUGGAGCUGAUACCUUGGCUUGAAUGCUUUGCUUUUGGGGGGAGGACAGUGGGAGAGCAUGUUAUUCGCCUUGCCCCCCUUCCAGAUAGGCCUGUCAGAAACCUCAGAGAGCUGUUCUGUGCACAAGAGGGAGCUUGAUGAACUUAUGGUCUUCCUCACUAAGAGGUAGCUUUUUGUGCUCUGAUGCUGUUCUGCUGAAGGGGCUUCCAGGGAGUAAGGCGCACCCGCCCUGCAUAGGGACCCUCUGUUGCAAUGCUGAUCCGUUUCAUUAGGACCAUUCUGUGGCUUACUUAGCAUCCCUGUUAAUCCCUCCCGGCUGCAACCAUAUUUCACUGAGCACAUGUGAAAGCCCACUCUAAAAAUGCCAAGGAGAAUCCAAAUGAGAACCACAAAUGUUAUUGAUGCUUUUCUACAACAUGUUAAAGUCGGAUCAUUUUCACUGCUGGGGCUUUCCAAGGUUUAUAUGGAAACAGUAAAACUUUCAACGUUGCCUGCUCAGUUUCCGAGCACAGGAGGCCCCCAACUCCGGAAAGAUCAAUGUUUAGGCAAAGUGGGCCAUUUUUGUCAAACUUCGUUAUUCUGGUAUCACAAACGCUGGUUUUAUAGCAGGCGUUGGGCGGGCGGGAAACUCUGGGAUGUGACUCUCCACAUUCCGACUUUAAUCUCCAUCCUCUGUGUAAAACAUUUGCCAAAAGGAGGGUCUAAUAAACAGGUCUGUAAAAUUCUGCCGUGAUUGCAAAUGCUGAAUACAGGAAGGUGUUGAAAAAGGGCAGCUCUUUCAGAGUCCAGUCGCAGUUUGGAGUUUGGGAAGCCUGUGCGCAAAAGAAAACUCUUAGGUGAGGAGGGAAGACCUGGCCAUUUGAGUCUGAUCAAAUUAAUUAGUGCCUUCGCAGGUCCUGAUUUAGAAACUGGGUUUCCCCUCACAGUUUUGGCCUCUCAUCCUCAGGCACAAGGCAGGGCAGGGACGCUAAGAGGCCAAGAUGUGUGGACUUGAGCCAAACCUGGUGGAACCACCAUGUAAAUGGGGUGGAAAUGUUGACAGGCUGCCUGAAAGGAAAACGAACCAACAGUGAACAGAGGCCACUGCAGGGCGACAAAAGUCACAGGCAAAUGGCUCUGCCCAAUAUGGACUGAUUUUUUGGCUCAUUUGCUAGGGUGCUUCCACCAUGCUGGGCAUUUCAGGUGGCACUACCAAGCCUCGUUCACUCGCUCUUUUUACAUCCUGCAUUUCCUCCAUGGCGGCUCUGUUUCCCCCUCAGGAUUCAGUUGUAUACUGGCAAAUUUAGGUUGCACAAUAAAAGUGGGUUGGGCUUUCUUGUGCAACCAGCCCAAAUCGGAACUCUUUGCGGUAAAUAAAGUGAAGGAGGAAGUGCCCAGGAAACAGGGGGUCACAAUUGCUCAAUGCAACACUGUGUAACCUUCUUGCAAACAAGUUAAGAACUAAUGCUGACAUCGCAGGAUCUCCCUGAAGGUUUUGUGAAAACAAAUCAGGGUGAAUGCUCACUAAAGAGGUUCUCUGGAAGAGCCCCCAGAUCAGAGAAAGUCCGACAGAUGCCUUUUGCACCAUUCUCCUAUCCUGGCUUUUUAAAAGGGUGGGGGUUCUGACAUGGGUAGUACUCUACUGGGGAAAGUGAACAGCUCAGCACAAUUCAAAUAUAGUCUUUGUCGUGGUGGACAGAAUCUGAUGACCCCAUUUUUAAAAAAAUCUAUAUUUUCAAUUAUCUCAAAAACUUUACUUAAAAACAAAACAAAAUGAAAGAUUGUUGUUGUUUAGUCAUGUCCGACUCUUCGUGACCCCAUGGACCAGAGCACGCCAGGCACUCCUGUCUUCCACUGCCUCCCGCAGUUUGGUCAAACUCAUGCUGGUAGCUUCGAGAACACUGUCCAGCCAUCUCGUCCUCUGUCGUCCCCUUCUCCUUGUGCCCUCCAUCUUUCCCAGCAUCAGGGUCUUUUCCAGGGAGUCUUCGCUUCUCAUGAGGUGGCCAAAGUAUUGGAGCCUCAGCUUCACGAUCUGUCCUUCCAGUGGGCACUCAGGGCUAAUUUCCUUAAGAAUGGAGAGGUUUGUUCUUCUUGCAGUCCAUGGGACUUUCAAGAGUCUCCUCCAGCACCAUAAUUCAAAAGCAUCAAUUCUUCAGUGAUCAGCCUUCUUUAUGGUCCAGCUCUCACUUCCAUACAUCACGACUGGGAAAACAAUAGCUUUUACUAUAUGGACCUUUGUUGGCAAGGUGAUGUUUCUGCUUUUUAAGAUGCUGUCUAGGUUUGCAUUGCUUUUCUCCCAGGAAGCAGGCGUCUUUUAAUUUCGUGACUGCUGUCACCAUCUGCAGUGAUCAUGGAGCCCAAGAAAGUAAAAUCUCUCACUGCCUCCAUUUCUUUCCCUUCUAUUUGCCAGGAGGUGAUGGGCCCAGUGACCAUGAUCUUAGUUUUUUUGAUGCUGAGCUUCAGAACAUAUUUUGCGCUCUCCUCUUUCACCCUCAUUAAAAGGUUCUUUAAUUCCUCCUCACUUUCUGCCAUCAAGGUUGUGUCAUCUGCAUAUCUGAGGUUGUUGAUAUUUCUUCCGGCAAUCUUAAUUCUGGCUUGGGAUUCAUCCAGCCCAGCCUUUCGCAUGAUGAAGUCUGCAUAUAAGUUAAAUAAGCAGGGAGACAAUAUACAGCCUUGUCGUACUCCUUUCCAAAUUUUGAACCAAUCAGUUGUUCCAUAUCCCGUUCUAACUGUAGCUUCUUGUCCCACAUAGAGAUUUCUCAGGAGACAGAUGAGGUGAUCAGGCACUCCCAUUUCUUUAAGAACUUGCCAUAGUUUGCUGUGGUCGACACAGUCAAAGGCUUUUGUAUAGUCAAUGAAGCAGAAGUAGAUGUCUUUCUGGAACUCUCUAGCUUUCUCCAUAAUCCAGCGCAUGUUUGCAAUUUGGUCUCUGGUUCCCCUGCCCUUAAAGUCCUAUAGCACUAACUCUUUCUGUCAUGGGGGUUUGGGGCAAAGCCAGAAAAAUGUUCUAGCACUAAUUAAAAGAUCAUUUUAAAAAAAACUGAUGAGAUUAUAAAAUGGCACCCAUCCAGAGGCGAAACUAGGUGUUAUUUCACCCGGGUCAAAGACCCAGUUUGGUAUCCCCCGCUAUGUGCAUUUGCGCACAAACACACACAGGCUGGGAGCCUCAAUGGCGCCCUUCUGGAGUCUUCACCUAGGGCAAAAACCCUGGCUAGCUCCCCACCCCAAUAGCAAUGGCACUGCACCCACCACAAGGUUUAUAAUGAGUAUGUGCUGCACUACAAACAACACCCACACCAGCUACAUUGCAUCCACUCAUGUGGCUGGCAAACAGCCAUGUGGGCAUUUGGGGGGCAGGAAACCCAGAAUCCUCUCUUCCUGGUAGUGUGGAAGGUCAUCUGCAAUGUUGAUAAUACAGUGGAAGAGUCAUGAUUAACUAAUGCUGGGAACCACUCACCUGCAAGCAGUACCCUCGGGUCCCCCUCGGCGUGUCGGGAGAUGGGCCUUGCCUCAGUGGCAGCAGAACCGCCAUGCUUCAUGCGGAAGGCCACAGGUUGGUGACCUCUCAGUGUUCUUGGACUCCAACUCCCAUCAGCCCUAGACAGCACUGCCAUGCUGCAAGCUGCAGAAGGUAUGGAGGACACGCCAGGAUGGAGAAGGAUGAAGGAGACAGCCAUGGGCUAAGACCAGACAGGGUCUAACACAAGGCAUUUCACUGGGGAUCUCACAACAGAGAUGUUUUGUUUGAGCUGGAUUCAGCCAGUUGUUUUUUGAAGUCACAUUUCGAAAGCAGCUCCUGAGAUUCCCCCCUUUUUCAGAAUGUUUUCUUUUUCGCAGGACUGGCCCUUCUGUUGACUUCUUAAAAAAUCCAAGUUUCCUUUCUUUUUCGGGGGGGUGGGGGGGUUCAGUUCUCAACAUUGCAAAAUAAGAAGGUGGCUGGCUGACACAUCAACCAUCUUUCCUGUUGUCUCAGGAACAGGAAAGGAAGUGAAAAUAAUCCCCAAAUCGUUGUUUCUUGUAAUUUGGGAGGCCUUUGUGCUGUUCCAGGAAGAGACUUCAGCUUGCCCAGUUCCCAGAUGAGAUUAUCUGAGCAGAAUAGGUUCUGUGUGCCCACUGCUCAAAACCUGAUAAUGAUGUGUGAUCUGAGCAGAUGUGUUAAAAGGGAUCUCCCUGGUUUCUGCAGAAUUAGGGCUUCCAAGUUGCACAAGCGGGGGUUAUUGCACGCACAAAAAGUCAGCCCCCUCUGUCUAGCUAGAAUGUUUUCUUUCUGUCUCAUCGUCUGUGCCUUUUACUAAUUAGCCAAUCUUUUCCUCUCUCUCCUUCUCCUCUUUCCUGUCCCUACUGCUUCUUAUCGGGCUCCUCCUUGCUCCCACUUCACUGAUAACGGGCCUAUCUUUAUUAGUCUCCUUCCAGGGCCUUGGAAACAUCACAUGGAGCAAAAGCAAAUCCCCAGCUGGUCAGUCUGGAGCUCUGCACUGAUCUGUCUUCCUCCCACUCAUCCCACCCCGUUUUGUGGAGCAAACGGAACAGGGUGAAGAAAUUCAGCAAGCUAGAGAAGGGGCUUGUUUCUAAUCAAAGUCAAGUUGAAAACUAUGUUUAGAAACCAGGAUGCUUUCUGGAUUCAUCCCUUUAUUAUGACCAGAUGUUUGCACAGAUGCCUCCCCAAAAUGCAACCAGCCCCAGUAAAUCUUGAUGUGUCCUUUGCCAGCCUUAGCUGCGGACUCCUGGCGUACCGGGCGAGUGACACAUCCAAAGCCAGUGGGGAACUCCGGGAACCCCUAAACGCUGCUGUGAGAGGUACUAGUGUGGAACUACAAGACAGCAAGGAAAGAAAGAAUCAAAGGCUCCUGUGUGCCCAAACAGAGAGAGGAGGAGGCUGCCCGCUAUAGCUCUCCAUGAAAUUCAUUGUUUGCGCCUUGCUCUCCCUCCAACUAGUCUUUGCUGGCGGAGGUGAUGUUGCAUUGGGUCUGAUUGGAUCACUCAUUUUUCCCAAUGGGGACAAGAGACUUGCUCACUGAGAAGGAGGUUGCCUGUUGCAUCUCUGUAUGUGUUUCUGGUCACAACAGUAGCGGAGUGUGUCCAUGCCGCCCGUGUGUGUGUGGCUGGGUGCACACUCGUGCCCUUGCUGGGGGUGGGCUGAGGGGCGGAAGACAAAUGGAGUCCACUGUGCCUGCCCAACCCCCUUGGCACUGAUCCAGCAGUUUCUUCUGAUGGACUUAGCCCUGGUGAUCCUAUACCCUGCUGCUCUUUUGGGGUUCCCUGGAAAAUCCCUGACCCAGUUUUGCUUUUCAGGGAGACUGGAGGGAAGGGGGUUUCUCAAAAUGUUGUUAAGUGUGCAUAUAUAUGUAUUGUACAUUGUUUGUCACGUUUCAGCACACCCACCCUCCAGCCUUUGCAGGUUAAGAGUAAGGAAGAGGAUACCCUUUGCCUCUAGGGCCCAGACCUGGACACCAAAUUCCCCCUUUUCCUGCUUGUCUUCCUUCAGUCCCUCUAGAAUCUGUCUAUCCAGAGUGCAAAUGCUGCUGAAUCUGGCAGCUGUCCUGAUACGUGCAUGCGGAUUGAGUGUGAGAAUAAACAGCUUAUUAAACUUUCAUAAGUUUUAUAUAUUAUAUGAUGAAAGGAAGCCGUUAUGGCUAAUUUGCUAACACAAAACUGCUUCCGCUGUCAGCUGUUGCAAAGUUAGUGAAUCAGUUGUGGGCACCCAGCCACAAAGAGCUUUCAUUUAGCAGUGGGAACUGAGCCCAAACUGGAGCUAAAUUCAUGUAAGCACCCCCCCCCCGAGUUCUCUGUACACAUUGGGAGCCGUGGUUGGUGAAGCAGGGGAAACCAGUGAGGAUCAGGACCCCACUCACAUUAUAGUUAGCAUUUGCCAAAAAUGUAAAGAGGUGGGAGACCCAGUUUUUGAUCCACUUGAGCCUGCCCAGUGUGUUCCCUUGUAGGAGUUAAAGGGAAUUAGAUAAAUUCAUGGAAGAGGAUAAGGCUACCCAUAGCUAUUAGUCACAAGGGCUACCCGGAACCUCCAUAUUCAGAGGAAGUCUACGUAUGGCAAGCUACUGCCUUCAAGCCCUGCUAGUGGACUUCCUGGAAGUGUUUGAUUAGUCACUGUGGGCAAAAGAAAACUAGAUGGAUCCUUGGUCUGAUUUGGCAGGGUUCUGGCUCUGGGGAGGCCCCCCCCAAAAAAAAUUCAGUGUAGAGAAGCUGCCAGCUGGGCUGGCUGUUGGGGUGCAUCUAAGUACUGAGAUGGGAUUGUAUCCUGCACUGCACCAUAGGGAGGUAGAGAAGGCUAGCUCAGAGGGUACACGACAGGUGUUGUGGCAGCCAUAGCUCUGUCUGCUCCACACACACCCCUCAGCAUCUGCCACCUGAGGCAGCUGUCUCACAGCGUCUAAUGGUAGGGCAGUCCCAGGCUCCCCUUAUGUCCCUCUCACCACUGCUGGAAUGCAUCACCACGCAGAGGGGAGAGGCAAUAGGGUCUGUUCUGUGGGGCACUCUAAGUUCAGGUGAGGCAACAAGGAAAGCAAGCAGCAUCACCCUGGCAUGCACUGCAAUCUGACUGUGAACCCUGGAAGAAGCUCCUCAGAGCCUCUUCUGCAAGAUUUGAACUUGGUGGCAGAUGAACGUGGACCUUUUAGCUAGGGAGUUGAUGCAGAAUGAUAAGCACCCAAAAGGAAGCUAUUCUGCGAGCCCAGGGGGAGCAAGCUUGUUUUCUCCUGUUCCAGAGGGUAGGACCCGAACCAAUGGAUUCAAAUUACAAGAAAGGGGGCUCUGACUAAACAUUAGGAACACUGGUGCCACCUCCAGGGGGCCCUGGGGGCCUGGGCACCCUCAAAACUUUUGCUGUGGGUGCCCUGCCUCUGCCCCCCCUCACAUGCUGCCCCUGCACUUUGCUGCCUUAUCUCUGGCGCUCUGGCACCACGGCAGCAACUGGGCCGGGGCCUGCGCUUCUGCUGUGGCCAUGGACAUGCUUCUGGGGUGUGUCUGUGGUGCAGGCCCCAGCUCAGUUGCCGAUGUGGCAUUGGAGCAUGCACAUGCGCCGCACCUCAAGGUUCAUGGCACCCACACUGUGGGGUCAAAGCAGCACCGCUGAAGGAAGAACUUAAUGACAGUGAGCAUUGCUCAACAGUGGGACAGGCUACCUGGGAAGAUGGUGGACUCUUCUUCUUUGGAAGUUUCUGAACAGAAGUUGAAUGGCCAUCUCUCACGGAUGCCUUAGCUGUCAAUCCUGCAUUGCAGAGGGUGGACUAAUGACCCUUGGGUCCCUCUCAACCCCACAAUUCUAUGGUUCUGUGAUCCAUUCAUUUAGUACACAGCAAAUGAAUUGGUGCUUCCAAAGUUCCCAGGUUGAAUGUUCUCCAGUAAUGCUUUGGUAGCUUUAAAAAAUAUAUAGUCCCACCCAUCAAAGCUGUCUCAACCUCUUCCCCCUUGGAUUUUCUUUUCCUUUUGUGUGGCUUGCCUGGCCCAAGUGCUUUUGAGAGUAACCAGGCUCCUCUCUUUCAGACGGAGAUUAUUUCACCUUUACAAGACAUGAGCCCAUCGGUGUGUGUGGACAGAUCAUCCCUGUGAGUAUCUGUGCUCGCACCUCAUAUUUAUUUUCACUGGAAUGAGCUCCCUUGAAAAGGCCCAUAAGCCCCAGGCUUCAGCAAGGCGUGUUUUUCAUUAUGGGAGACCGGGCAAUGGGGUGAGGGGGGAGGCAGGCGGAACUGAGCGCACAUUGUUGACAUAUCUUUAACAGCCGCCCUACCAGUGCUUAUUUGCACAUCCUAAUAGAGUUUUAGAGCUGCAGUAUUAGGGAGGUGAGGCCUCCAGUCACAGAAUUCCCAGGACUGGAGAGAGCAAAGCAAAACACGGCAUUAGCAUCAGGCGGCUGUCAGCCAAUUGAGAUGUUUGCACAAUGGGGAGGAAGUGGAGCCCCCCCCUUUUCAAUCCAGCAGGAUCUUUUUAUCUCUCCUGUUCCAAACUGCAGCGUAACUGGGAUCCAGGAAGGAUAAUUUUCAGGUUCUUCAUCUUUUUCCUUCUUGCCCUAAACAGGGCAGAAAACUCCACAAUAUAAUAUACAGUGGUACCUCGGGUUAAGUACUUAAUUCGUUCUGGAGGUCUGUUCUUAACCUGAAACUGUUCUUAACCUGAAGCACCACUUUAGCUAAUGGGGCAUCCUGCUGCCGCCGUGCCGCCGGAGCCCAAUUUCUGUUCUUAUCCUGAAGCAAAGUUCUUAACCUGAAGCACUAUUUCUGGGUUAGUGGAGUGUGUAACCUGAAGCGUAUGUAACCUGAAGUGUAUGUAACCCAAAGUACCACUGUACUUCCCUAGAACUGGUCCCUUCCAUUGGGCAAAAGGGGCUAUUGAGGAGUGCCCCCAUCAGAGAGGGCCCCUGGUGUCCCCCUUCCAGCAGGAGAUGGCUAUAACAUCUUCUUCUCAUCUGGAUUACCCUUCCACUGCUAGAUCCAGCUCAGUCCAGCCGUUUUGCUAGGCAGGGGUAGGGCAACCGUGUCUUUCCAACCAGACCUCCACCAACUAGUCUGUCAGAUUUAUUGUUGGUCUGGAAGGGCAGGUGCAAAGAUGCAUAUGUCCCUGACUAACACAGAGCAGCUUCCAUUGUGUGACAGAAAGAACAGCUUCCCCCCUGGGCAGUUUUGCAUCUGAUGCCCCUGGCUGAUGUGCCUACUCCUGAUGCAGAGACAUCUAGCUGGUCUCCCAGGGAAAAUUGGAUUCAAAGCUUCAGACUCAGAGCAGGAAAAGAGGAAACACAAAGGCCACAGACUUCCAUCACAUCUAUUGCAUGAUUGGGGUGGUGGGGAAAUAAUAAUAAUAAUUAUAAUAGUAGUAGUAGUAGUAGUAAUAGUAAUAAUAAUUAUUUAUUUAUACCCCGUCCAUCUGGCUGGGUUUCUUCAGCCACUCUGGGCAGCUUCCAACAGAACACUAAAAUACAAUAACCUAUUAAAUAUUAAAAGCUUCCCUAAACAGGGCUGCCUUCAGAUGUCUUCUAAAAGUUUGGUAGUUAUUUUUCUCUUUGACAUCUGGUGGGAGGGCGUUCCACAGGGCGGGUGCCACUACCGAGAAGGCCCUCUGCCUGGUUCCCUGUAACUGGAAAGUGCAUAAUCCAGUAUAGCUUCAUGUUGCAGAGAGCAUCUCUGCUAUAUCCACCAGCUUCAGGGCCCCACAGAGUUCAAAGGAUUGGCUGGAGAGAUGGUGCUACUCAAGCCAAGGUCUGCAUCCCUACAAGAAGUCCAUCAUGUCCCCCAUUAAAGGGGUACAACAGUGUACCAGCUCCCCUCUUGAUUUGGAAUGGCUUCUCACUGUUAAAACCAGAGAGUCCCUGUAGAAGCAUUCAAACUGUAAUCUGCUGCUACAAAACCCCACAGACUUAAUGAGCAUUUUAAAACAAACGUUUGCAAGUUGCUCGGAAACUGCCAAGGUCAACCCAGAGUCCUGAAGCCCAGUGCCAGCUCUGAUUAAAAUCAGCACAGCUAAGCCUUCUAAUCUGUGUUUGUACAGGACUGCACAGCAAUAGGGGUCCUAGUGACACCCCCUACCAGUGGUGUUUAAAUAAGUUAUCAUUCAAAUAGUUAGCCAAAAUAUCCCCAGUAGUAGUUCUGACGAAUAUCAGAGCCUCGUGUAUUUUAGUGCCUGUUUGAAAAGAGCAGAAGAACCAACAGAUGGAAUUUGCUAUCACAAGAGUGAUGAUGGACCCCUUGCCACAGAGCCAUGAGCCACGGGCGAGAAGGAGAUCAGUGGCUGUUAGUCAUGAGUGCUAAAGGGAGCCCCAUGUUCAGAGGCAGUGGGGUGGGCGUAGGGUUUAUGGCCCUCAUGCCUUGCACAGUUGGCCACUAUUGGAAACACAGUACUAGGCUAGAGGAACGUGGUCUACACCUGCAAAGCCUCACUUAGGAAGUUUGGCUUUGAUUUUUGAUUUUUCUGUGUACAUUUAAUUGUGGGAUGUUGUAUGUGGAGCACACAAUAGUUACAGUAGAUGUAAAGUAUUCAAGGACAUCAGUUGGCCAAGCCCAGUUUUAGGAAGAUUGCUUUUCAUUUUUUAAACAAUGAUUAUGAUGCCGCUGCUUUUGUAUUCUGGUCAAACCAGAGGCAUUCCAGGCUGCAGAAGUGGAACGACACAUUGGCACUUCAUGAUUACUGUGCUUAAUAUGAGUACAGUUCACCUACAGAGCACUUAUAGUUUUUCUAAGCACAAUCUAACAGACAUGAUACAAAAGGGAAAAAGGACCAGGGAGGGAAGAGGAAAGCAAACACUGGAGCAGGUUGAUGUUGCUCUAAUGUUCUCCACCUUGUUCUUUAAAAUGGACUAAAUAAGUAAAUAAAUAUCACUGGUGGACUGAUAAGCUAAAACCGCCUUUGGCAACCCUUUUGCCCUACAGAGGACUCGAGCAGCUAGGAUUUCUUGGGUCAUGUGGCUGCCUUAGUAAUAAUGGCUGCAUUCUUUCCUACAGUGGAAUUUCCCCCUGCUGAUGUUUGCGUGGAAGAUUGCACCUGCUCUCUGCUGCGGCAACACCAUCGUCAUCAAGCCGGCAGAGCAAACGCCGCUGACCGCGCUCCACAUGGGAGCCCUCAUCAAGGAGGUGAGCAGAGCAGCGGGGUCAGAGCCGGGCUUUCUUUGAGCCAGGCCUUGCCGGAACUCAGUUCUGCAACUCAGUUGUAAGAGAGCAAGGGAGGUGUUCAUGGUGAGUUCUGGCACCUCUUUUUCUAGAUAAAUAACACUGAGUCAGAGGAUGCAUCCAGGGAGCUGCCCAGCUUGGCUUGUGUGUGGUCCAUUCGCCCUAAACAGCUUGCCCCUCCCCCUUCUCUCUCUUUGUUGUUGCAACAGGCUGGGUUUCCACCUGGAGUGGUCAAUAUCGUGCCAGGAUUUGGACCCACCACUGGCGCAGCGAUUGCUUCUCACGUGGGGAUUGAUAAGAUUGCCUUCACUGGAUCCACCGAGGUAAGUGGGUGCUCUAGAGGGUGUUUGGCUCCACCUCAGAAGGAAAUGGUACACCCAACAAGGCAUGCUGGUGCCUGCGGUGGAGAUUCGCUUUCCCAGUUAAGGCCAGGGCAGAGCAUCACCUCCAGGAAGUCCUUGCUGAACUGCCUGGGAGAUGUGCCACAGGCCUGCCCAUUUCAGUGGGGCUUUGCAGAAGUCCUUACCCAUCAGCCUCUGGAGGUCUGGCGUGCUCCACUUUCCCCAAAGGCCCUGAAGAAGAGUCCUUUGCCUGAGAGGGUCUUUACAGAGGUGGAGUUUCUCUUGGUUGAUGUGGUUUUUAAUGGAACUCUUGUUUGGUUUGAAGAGGCAGAUAAAUGUGGCUGCAGGCCAUGUGCUUUCCUAGAGAGGAUUUCAGGUGUUUCCUUUGUUUAGUGUUGCUGUUGUGUUUUGAACUUUAAUACAUCGGCCACCUCGAAAGAGUGCUCCUUGGAAAGGCAGCAUACAAAAGUAAAAUUAAAAUAAAAAGAAUGAAGAUAAGCUUGUCCCUGGACUGUGCCCAAGGUGGGGCCCCUUCACCAUAGACCCCGCAAAGGCUCCCUCAGAUGGCUGCUACCUGUUGACACCAAUAUUGGAGCAUUCUGGAGAGUCUGGUAAAGACAGAGUCAGGUUCCAUUGACAGAUUUUGUAGCUGUAUGUGGCCUAUAUUUCAGUUAAAGAGACUCUCAUGCAGGAUGCACUCCUGAUUGCGGGACGAAAAAUACAGAUGGAUUUGGUUUCAGAAUUGUCUCUUGUAGCCAAAAUAAAUUUUUAGCGUCAUUCCAGCGGGCUUUCAUUUCUAAUAGGCGUUUAAACUCAAAAUGCUGUGGAUUUUGUCCUAACUCAAUACCUGCCUUUAAGAGCCUUACUAAUAGGAAGUGAAAAGCGUUACAGAGAUGAAAAAAAGCAAUUCUCUAAGAACCUAAAGUGGGAACAGCUGGAACAUUUUAAUGUAACGCGAGUGUAAACUGUUCCAUAUUGUUUUUUAUUUCCUGUUCUGUGGAAUUCUUGUAACAGCAAGUUGAUGUAGUAACACUUUGAAACCAGUCUUGUAAGAUCAGCUGUUCUGCAGAGCAUUGGGCUUCUCAGAACUAAUGAAGGCUGCCUGGCUUUGUUAACAUAAAGGUGGAAAUGGUUUGUUUUCUCCUGCUUGUAUCCAUUGAAUAUCUCUCGCACAACCUGAAGACUGGGUUUACUCCUGCUUUCAAAAUUUAUAUGCCACCACUUCCAGGAACUGGGAGCAGCGAGUGAUAGUUUAGGGAAAUUAAAAGAGGUCUUGUUAACAGGCAAUAGAAAGGUUGGCAAAGUUUGCUAGAUUCAGACCCAUAGACAAGCUUCCUGGUAAGGUCUGCCUCAAAUUUCUGAAAUCUUUUCUGGCUUGGCUUUUCAUCCACGCUGGGGAAGACAUCUCAGCCCCCAAACGGCUGGUGGGGGCAAACAGCACUCUGCCACUGAAGACCUUAGUGUGGAACCACAGGGUUUGCAGCUUGGGCUCCCAGGUGCCAGUCACUACUUCUUUUCAUGAAUGCACACAGAUUUAUUUGUUUCCAGUACAGUUAUACCUCGGGUUACGAAUGCUGCGGGCAGCGGCGCAGCGUGGGUUGUCAGCACCCGGGGCAAGGCAAGUAAUUUGCGCCCCCUAACCCCUAACCUGCCACCGCUGCCAGCUUCUUCUUGCUGCUGCCUGGGCUGGUCUGGUGUGGUUCUCUCCCGCGCUCAGCGCUGCGCUGGGCGGCCGCUGCACUGUCCCUCCCCCAGAUAGUCCCUCGCUCUCUCUCCGCACCGCACGCCUGGCACCCACCCCUCCACAGUGGGCGGCGACCCAGCGGCUCGGAUCGGAUUCGCACAGCCAGCACUGCAGUGAGAGAGAGUGAGUGAGCCAGGUAGGGGCAGAGAGCUGCGAGUGCGAGCGCCCCCCCCCCGAUGUUGCGCCCGGUGCGGCCAGCCCCCCCUGCACCCCCCACGCUACGCCACUGGCUGCGGGUUGUGUGUUUUCGGGUUGUGGACCGUGCUGAACCCAGAAGUACCGGAAUGGGUUACUUCUGGGUUUUCGUGCUUGCACAGAAGUGCAAAAUGACAUCACACGCAUGUGCAGAAGCACGAAUCGCGUCACGCGCGUGCGCAGACGCGGUGCUGCGGGUUGCGAAUGUGCCUCCCACACGGAUCACUUUCGCAACCGGAGGUAUGACUGUAUUUGUGUACCGCUGUUUAACAAUAAGUCCUCAGAGCAGGAUGAUAGUCGGGGCUAGAGCUGGAGGUCAGGGUCACUGAGUGGGGGAUAGCAAGCCUGUCAUCUUUUGUGAUAUCUAAGCCAGGCAUGUCCAACAACUAAGAGACUGCAAUCUACUCCCUCUAUAAAAAAUUGACAGUGGAUUGGAUUGACCAAAGUUGCUGAGCUUUUUUUCGGGUGUGGGGGCGAUCAGGAUCAUGUAAACGACCAGGACUGACCAAGGACGCCCCACAAUUGAUCGGUAGAUCGCAAUCAACCUGUCGGACAUCCCUGAUCUCAGCUGUCUAAUAUAAUUUGUGCGCAUCUGUGCAAUACCCAUUCACAUGAACAAUACAGAGACCCAUGUGCUCUAAUGGGAUUCUUGUAUAUAUAAUUGUUUUUUUAAAAAUCUACUUAUUUCUUUUUAAACCUCCUAACUGUUUCUCCAAAGGGACUGACUACAGCUAACAAUUAGCAAUAAAAACAGAGCAACACUAAUGUAUGCACUAUUGGCUUUUAAAAGAUGUAAAAAAAUACAUUAAAAUUAAUAGGACAAGCAACUAAUCCAGCCCUCUUUGACAAUUUCAAGCAACACAAAAAUAGCAAAAAGUACACAACUAAAGACCCUUUUGAAAAGCCAGGUCUUUGCCAACUGCCUGAAACUGUGAAGGAACUUGCUCUACAAGCUGUUUCAUAGAGGAGGUGCCACAACAAGGAAGGCCCCGUCCUUAGUGAACACUAGCUUCACCACCUAAGAUGGAGGGAUUAGGAACAGGGGCCCAUCUGAGUACUGGAGUUUGCAGGGAGAAACGUACAGAAAAGUGGGGACUUGAGGCCCAUGGAAGUCUUUCAUCUGUGCCACCCAAUUCUAUAUCUGUUACUCAGAAGAAGUUUCUGGUAAACACAGACCAGCUCACUCCCAGACAAGUGCCUGUAGGAUCUCAGUCUUUGCUGAUAAAUCACAUGCGUUUAGGAAGAAGAGUUUUCAGCCCUGCUGCUUGUAAAACAACAUGGCCGUUGCCAGCUAACUUUUUUUUGGUCAUCCUACAACUCCUGAAUAAUGACUGUUUGGGGGGGGGGGAGAUUGGGAGAUGGACCAUAUGUCAGAUCUUUGUGGAGCCUUUGAUGUGCUCUCCCCAUCCCAGCACCCCGCCUCUUUUCCCAUUCACGGCUCACCUCUCCCAGGUGGGGAUGCAGCGGGGCGACGGUCCCCCCCAGCCUGCAGGCAGGCAACUUCUUACACGAACCCGCCCGUCAUGGAUCGCUUCUCUGCACAAUCCCCCAUCGCUUGUGUUUCAUGCUGCCAUGGCUCAUUAGGGACAGCUCUGCAAAAACGCUGGGUUUCUGUAAGCACCAAGGCUGAGGCCCAAAUGCUGUCUUUGGGAGAAAGCAAAGCAAAAUGUGUGCUCCACACUCCAUGCUUUCCCCCCCGCUGAGCCUCAGAUCAGUCACAGAGCCCUCAGAAGUAGAAGAAACGGGUGUGGAGAAAGAAGGACGUUUUUCUCCUUCUCUCCAUAGUGCAAGAACUAAAUGGGAUCGUUCCAUGAAGCUGAAUGGUGGAAGAUUCGGGACAGUCUAAAGGAGGGACUUCUCUGCACAUCUCAGAGUUAAAUGAUGACAUUCACUCUUGCAAGGUGUACAAUGGCUACCAACUUGGACUUUUUUUCUAAAAGGGAAUUGGACCAAUCCAUGGAGCAUAACGCUCUCAGUGGCUACUAGCCCAAAUGGCUAGUAUGGCCUGCUGUGGCUGUGGCUGUAGAGACCGAUGUGGGAGAGACAUGGUUUUUUGCAACUGGGGCAGAUAAAGGCAUCUGGUUGUGCCUGUGCAGAUGCACCAUGGGAUUUUUUCUUUGUGUGCUCCUCCCAGAGGUCAUUUCUCCUUUGGUCACUGCUGUGGAUACACAAGCAGACUGAUUAUCUCCAGGUGCUGCGGUUAUCUGCAUGGCACAUGGCACGAUCAAUGUUGCCAUCCUUCAUGUCAUGUUUGCAUCCUCCAUGUCAUGUUGGCCUGCCAAUGGGCCUGGUGCCUGAAGCCAGCUCCCCUCAGAGCACGUCCUUGGAUAUCUUUACUGCUUCAUCAGCAUCUCCAAAAAUCUCUUUCCCCUACUUCCGGGCAAACACUUAGCUCUGGGGUGCUAUCGCGCUGGCCUUGGGAAGUGAACAGGUAGUGGUAUUCUUGUGGCUGCUUGACUGUUUUCAUCCCUUGUAUGGCUUCACUUGCCUUCCUACCUCUCUGCCCCUUGUUAAAUGAGCAUCCAGUUAUCAAGGAUGAAGAGAAAGCAGAAUACAGGCAAUGUAAUGUCAGUGAACCCUCAGGCAACAAACCAAAUGGAAUCUCAGGUCUGGGAACAACUUUAGAAGUGUCUGGAUGGGGCUCUAUGCCAGUCCCAAUAGCCAGAUGCCUCAAAGUCAUCUGGGGAAUAUGUGGAGCAGGAGAGUCUUUUACCAGCAUCUCAGCAUCACGUUGCUUUCAACUCUGGAUCCUUCCUUCCUUCUCUUUGCUCCUUCAGUGUUUGUCCUGUUCUAGCCUAGAUGGCUGUAGAAACAAAUUGGAGACAUUAAUGGAAGAGGAUUAGUCUAUCAAUAGCUGCGGCUGAUGGGAGUUGCAGUCCAAACAUUUGGCAGUAAAGGCUGCUGUAAGUCACGGUAGCUAAGCAGAACCUCCAUGUGCCAAGGCAGUGCUCCUCAGAUUAUACCUGACACCAGGAGCAAAAACCAGUGGGUGGAUCUCCUUCCCGUGCCUUGUUUGUGGUUAUAUCAGGAUUAGACUCUGCUGGAUUAGACUAACCUUGAUCUCCUCCACCAAGACAAUUCUUAUACUCGGAAAGGGGCCUGGGGCAAAGCAUGAAUAACCUGAGACCGGCAGUCAGUCGCUGGAUUAUGUUUAGGGAAGCUCACAAGCCUUUUUCCUUGGGUGUGAAGUGGGAUGCAGAUUUGCUUUGUGCUGUAUUCUAGGUAAAAUCAGCCAUAGUGGUUACUUUUGUCCAAGCUGACCACAUUGUUGUCUCCAGAUAGAGUCUCUCAGGCAGAAACUGAAGAUAAUGAAACAUCUGACAUUUGUUCCAACAUACUGAAUUCUGUAUGAGUGAGAGGAAAGAUGAAGAUUUGGUUGAUGCAACAAGCACACCCAAGCAAACAAAUUAGGUCUCCAGUUUAAUGAGAGAGGGAGAUCAGUGGGGGAGAGGGAGAGAGGGAGCGCUUUGGGCUCAAAGAUCUUUAGGUUGAACAACUUCAGUCAAAAGCCCAAGGAAGCAUCUUGCCUGAUUUGCUUGCAACUCGGGUGUUUUCUUUAUGCUGUGAGUUUAACAAAGCAUGAGCUCAUCAUUAGUCAACAAGAUACCGGGCGAGGCCAUCAAAGCAAACUACAGGAGAGUCCAGGAUUGAGUCGUGCCAAGCAAAUGUUUGCAGCUAACAGCUGUAUUACCACUGAUCCUGUCUUGCUCAGCAGGUGACCCCCCCCCAAAUGAGAUGGAUUUCAUGCUGCAGGAUCCAGACCCUGUUGUGUCAGCUCUCCCUUCUCAUCCAAGAGGAUUUUGCACUAAAGGCCUGCAAGGACCUUCCAGAUGAACCCUGCGAGACAUUUUGCUCAUUUUUACUGAACUUCUUUGGUUUCUCUCAAAAGUUCUCAGAAGAACACUCAGAUUCCAAAACUUGUGGAGGGGCAGGGCAAAUUGGACUGGCCCUGUUGAAAUCAGAAGUGGCACGGAGCCCACAAAUCUUCCCCACCUGUGUUCUGUGCUGAAUAAAUGCUAAAUUUCAGAUUAAAAUGGUCAUUGGUAUCAUUGCUCAUAGCCUAGACCAACUUUCCCCCAGGUGCCCUUGACAUGUUGCUGGACUACAACUCCCAGCAGCCCCAGCAGCCAGCAUGGCCAAUGGUCAGGGGCAAUGGGAGCUGUGAUCCACCAAAAUCCAGACGGCACCAAGGCUGGCUACCUCUGCAUUAAGAGGAAACAGGCCAAAUGGAGCCAUAGGGCAAAGAGUCCACCAGGAAUUCUACACAACAAGGUGGCCUGUCCUGUUUCACCACCUGAAGUGAAGUGGGAGGGUACUGCUAUGUGCGCGCACUGUGUGUCACCUCUCCUUGCCACCCCUGAUGCAGCUUCCAGGUUCUGGCAAGAUCUCACCGGAAGCCAGAAGUCACUCCAGAUGCUUCUCCUUGCUUCUCUGGUGGCAGCGAUGGUGGGGUGCCCACAGAGGUGCCCCUUGGAUUCUGCCCUCUGAGGCGGCUGCCUCAGUCUGCCUCAUGGAUAGGCCGGCCCUGCUGUACCAGCACCACUGGGAUUUAUGGAGGACUUUCCUGAUGAAGGCAAGAGGUGCCAUUUGGACUUGUCACUCUGGACACUGAAAUGUUUUGGGUCACCAGCAAGGUGGGAAGACGACACAAAAAUCAAAAAUGGAGUGAAUGUGACCCAGUCAUAAAGCAAUGCAAGGUCUUCUUCACACAGGCCUUCUGUGCCAUUUGUAAGCCCUGGUAGCUUGGGGGAGUCCUGAAAGCUGAUCCCUGAGACAGGGCUGGUUUUAGGGUGGUGCACCCCACAUAGAACAUGGAGCCAAGGGGGCAAAAAUUGAGAAGAUCCAUCACUGAGAAGAUCCAUUUGGGGACACCAAAUUUUGGCCUCACUCAGAGCGCCAUGCUAUCAAAGAUGACCAAUAUCUGUCCCUGCCCUGAAAUGCAACUGUGAUAUGGACUGAGCUGAGAGGACCUGCCAGACCCGUGCAUCUCUCUGUGCAUCUCUGUGUGCUGCUGGGUUGGCUCAUCUGAGCCAAGGAGGUUCUUCUGGGGUGCGCCAAGGACUGACAAGCACAACUUACUCUUCUCCAUGCCAAUCUGUAGCCAGGUGCUGUGUUUGUGCAGCAAACAACCCCACAUCUGCAGAAUCAGUGUGUGUGGGGGGUGUACUUUGCAUGGGGAGUUAGGCUUUGACAGAGGAACCUGAGAAUAUUCUCAUACCUGCAAGAUCCUUGUUUGCAGUUUAUGUUUGUUUUGAUAUUUAACCUUCCUUUCAGCCACAAAACAACCCCUUAAGCAGCUCCAAAACAGGACUACUUAAAAUAAAACACACACACCAGAAAGCAAAUUUUUUUUUAAAUAUAAAUUUUAUUUUAUAACACCAUACAAACAAAAAAGACAAACACAACACAUUCACACCAAAAAAAAACUAAAUAAAGAAAAUAUAUAUAUAUAUAAAAAAUAUAUAUAUACUCCUGACAUAAGACAACAACAAAUUAACUACAUUAACUACAUAACACACAACACUGACUGACUUCCCUUCAUCUCGGUUUCGGAAUGUGUUAUAAAAUUUUUCUAUCUGCAGUUUCUUUUCCUCAAAAAAAAUUCUUUACAUCACAAGUGUUAUAUCGCACCUACUGUGUUUUUUAGUUUUUUUUACCUCUGUUUCCAUGUAUGCCAUGAAUUUAUUCCAAUCUUUAUUAAACUUUGUGUCUUUUUGAUUUCUUAUUUUCUGUGUCAUUUUUGCCAAUUCUAGAUAGUCGAGUAGUUUCGAUUGCCAUUCAUUUAUGGUUGGGAUUCUUGGUGUCUUCCACCAGAAAGCAAAUUAAAAACAAAUUACAUCCAGUGAAGAGCAGAACAUGAAUAAUCACAGACAACAAGUCUGAGCUAUUUGACCCUUUCAAUGUACUUUAAAUUAACUGGAUUAUUUUUUAGUAAUUGAGAAGACAAAAGAAAAAAGCAAGACAUUUUUUAAAUUUUAUUUUUGCAUUUUCUAUUUUACAUAUACAAGUGAAAUAAACACAUAAACACAAAAUCCCCUUUGACUUCCUUUCCCCACCCCUGCCAAAAAAAAGCAAGACAUUUGCCCCUUGUGAGUAACCCAAGCAGAGCUUUAAAAAAAGUCACAUUUUUAUAGAGGACAGAAGGUCAUAUAACUAUAUAUUUAUUUUAAGCAAAAUUUGUCCAAUAUUUUAAGUCUAAUUAAUGCAUUAAGGGGUUAAUACUAUAGAGUAAGCUGUCCUGCUAGGCUUAACUAGGUCACUCCCCAAUACAUUGAGAGAAAGGUAAACCUCUGUCUACCUGAGAAGCUCAGUGUGUAAAGAGGUCUGAGCUGGUUGCACCAAGCUCAGACCACGUGGCUCUAACAAGGUUGAGUUCCUAUACCAAUAAUUUAGGAACUUUCACCACUGUAGCUAGCCCACAUUUUAUUGAUUGAUGUAUGAAAAAGCACAUGAAUCUGACCUUUGGAAAGUUUGUAAGUAAACAAUUUUUAACUUACAAAAUGUGUGGUCUUUUCUAUGCUAAAAGAGAAGUUUUGGAACUCACAAGGGCAUAUUUUAAAAGUCGAAUAGCCUAUAUUUCCACGCUUCACUUUGCAGCAUAAUUUGUGAUUUUAAAAUCUCUAAUGGGGUUCUCUUGCCAAAGAGUACUUGCCCCAAACUUGUAUCCCGGCAUCCAGGAAGUCUCUUUUUAUACCCAUUUUCCUCCUUUUUUGUAAUAAUUUUUAUUACAUUUUCUGUCUUACAAUUUCAAAUAAACAUUUUACAAACUCUAAAAUAUCCAGUGUGGCUUCCCUUCCUCUCUUUCCAUGGUUCAUUUUACAUAUCAUACAUCCUUCCAUAUAUUACUAUAACCAUUCAAAUAAAUUUUUCACUUUUACAUCCAUUAAAAAUUAUUUACUCUGUUGAAUUUAUCUUAAUGCUGUCAGUGUUUUCAGCUGUACAGUUAUUUUCCAGAUAUUCAAUAAGCGUUUUCCAAUCUUCUUGAAAUGUGUAUGUUCUCCUUGUUCUCUUAUUCUAUAUGUUAAAUCUGCAAGUUGUGCAUAUUCUGUCAACUUAAGUUGCCAAUCCUCUUUAGUUGGGACCUCGCUCACUUUCCAUUUGGGGGCUAACAAAACACAGGCCACAGUUGUUGCAUAGGUAAAUAACCUUUUCUGACAUCUGGGAAUUUCAUUCUGGGUUAUCCCCAGCAAAAAGAACUAUGUUUUGGGGGGGAGGUACGUAAUUUUGAACUUUUUUUUAAUUCAUUAUAAAUCAUUUCCCAAUACCCUUUUACCUUUUUACAUGUCUACCACAUGUGGAAGAACGUUCCCUCUACUUCUUUACACUUCCAACACUUAUCUGAUUCUGUCUUAUAAAUCUUAGCCAACCUACUCAGAGUUAAAUACCAUCUAUGAAUCAUUUUCAAGUAGUUCUCUUUCAAUGAAUAGCAUGCUGUAAAUUUCAGGUUGCUUUUCCAGAGUUUCUCCCAGAGGUUGAGAUCUAUAUUGUGUUCUAUAUCAUUUGCCCAGUGUGUUAUUGAAGUUUUAACGAGCUCGUCUUUUGUUUCCCAUUCUAAUAGAAGAUGAUACAUUUUAGACAAAGGCUUAUCCUUAUUUUGCAAGAGUUCCAUUUCAAAUUGUGAACUUUGGUCCAAAAAUCCAUUCUUUCUAUCUAAUUUAAACGUAUCAUGUAACUGGUGAUAUUGCAAGCAAGCAAUAACUUGGUUCCUUAGGUUUUCCAUUGAUUUCAAUUUGGGUUCCCCAAUGUAAAUUCCAGCAGUUACAGGGAACAGUCACCCAUUGUCUACAGUUACAGUCGCCUAUUGUACAGUGGUACCUCGGGUUACAAACGCUUCAGGUUACAGACUCCGCUAACCUAGAAAUAGUACCUCGGGUUAAGAACUUUGUUUCAGGAUGAGACCAGACAUUGUGCAGCAGUGGCACAGUGGCAGCGGGAGGCCCCAUUAGCUAAAAUGGUACCUCAGGUUAAGAACAGUUUCAGGUUAAGAACGGACCUCCAGGACGAAUUAAGUACUUAACCCAAGGUACCACUGUAUAUCCACAUUAACUCUCUUAAUUGUAAUUGCUCCGAUGGGAGAUAGCCAUAAAUAAAGGUGUUUUUCUUUCCAACAGAUUUUUAUGUUUCUCCCAGACUCUAUACAGAUUUUUCCUAAGAAUGUGAUUCAUAAAACUCUUAUAGAUUUUCGCCUUCCCAUACCAAAGACAUGCAUGCCAGCUGAAUUUUAAAUCAUGUCCCUAUACCUAUAAGUGUGUGUGUGUGUGUGUGUGUGUGUGUGUGUGUACCUAUUUUUUUCCUUGCCACCAACAGAGAUUAUAUUGAUGCAGGUCCUUGUGGCAAACAGUGUUCUGGUUCCUCCAGGGUUAUGGAGAGAAUGAUCCUCCCCUCCAGCCAGUCUCACAACCUAUUCCAAGUGGGGAUUGAGGAGUGGAGGAUGCUGGUGCCAACAUUCCUGUUGAUGAAACGUCUUGGCUCCACUGUCUGUGGGGGAGAAACCUUUCCCCUGGCAUUCCCUUCCUGGGCUGCACCGGCUGUCUGUGGGGAGUUCAUUGGGAGUGCCAAGAGAUGGGAAGGAGGAAGCAAGUGAGCAGUGCAGAAGACAUAAAAGCCAACACACACCUCCCUUUGCAACCCUUUCCAAAUUGAAAACUGGAAAGAACUGCCUUUUCUCUCUUCAAAGCUUCCCUCACCCAUGCCCAGGGUAAAAAUACGGAAUAAUCAAAUAAUUAGUGAGUAGUCAUUCAAGAGAGGAGAGGAAUAGCAUUGUAGUUAGAGCACAUAGUAUUCUCCCAGAUGAACUGCAACACUCAUUAAGCUUAUAUCUAGAGAGGCUUUGAUCUGUGCACUUUCCUUUAUUGAGCUAGCUCUGUUACGUAGUCCCAUAAUUCAGGUGAUAUCAGAUCCCCACCCUCAAUUUACUGUGGCAGCCACUCUGAGGAGCUCCUUCCCUGGGAAAACAAAGUUGCCUCCCUCUUCAUCCAAUUCCCUUCCUGGACAGGUGGAAAUCUCCCUCUUUGCGAAGGUGUUUGGGGCUUCCUCUUGUUGGCUUUGCAACAUCUCUAGAUUGUUUUGCUGCACAACUGCUCUUGGCUGGCUUUUCAUUCAUUGAGUUUUUAGCUGUGAUCUGAAAAUGUGAUUGUUUUAGAUUUCGUUGUGUGUCACUUUGAGCGUUUAGUGGAGUUGUAUUCCCCUUUCCUUAAUUUAGUUCUACAAGCUCUCACUCCCAAUUUGAAGCUUAAUUUGUUUAACCCACUAUCCAAAUUGAAUUGUACAAAUCUUACCACCGUCCCACAUCAUUAACAAGAAAAGAAAAAGAUUUUCCCCAAGAUCCACCCCAGUUCCUUCCACGAAUUCCCUUUUUUAAACACGUCCAAUCAAAAUAAAAUGACAUGCGUAAGUUAUGUAAAAAAUAAAAAUAAAAGAUAUAGAAAAAUUCAAAAGAUGGUUACACAGCCUUUGGAUUUCAAAUCUCCCCCUUCCCCGGUUUGAAUUCCCCAUAUCCAUCAGUCUAUGCAUUAUCAGCUUGGAAGUCUCAAUUCAUGACCAAAUUUCUCCCCGAUUCCAUCUUGCCGGUUUUCUUUUAAUUUAUUAAUAAUAUGUAACUUCAAGUGUCCAAUCUAACAAAGGCCUUUAAUUUCCUUGAUCUUUACCACUCCUCCCGUUGUUCUUUCCGUGUCGUAAUCAGUCCUUUGUUCUUCUUUUCCUCACUUUCUCAGGUUUCUUGUCCUGUUCAGCUGCUAAAACUUUCUAAUUCAGAAAUCUGGUAUCUCUGCAGAGGUUUGUUAUUCAGGAACAAAACUUACGUCCAGUCCCUUCCUUUCUUCAAUAGAAAAUUCUAUUGUCUCCUUUAAUGUAAAUACCUCUGUAGACAAAAUACUAUUUCAGUUUUGCAGCUUUCCCAAAAGAUAACAAGUCCUGUGCGAAUCCCAGAGUAUUUUUCCACUUACGACCGUUCUUGUAAUAUCCCGAAACCCCUCUAGAGGAUUGUAAUAACUUUGUAUCCUCUAAUCCAAAAGUCAAAUUGUUGCUUAUUUUCCAACAGUUUAUAUCCAUAUUGUAGCAAAUUGUAGCAAAAUUAACCGGCAAAGUCCUCAUAACAAAGUCCUCUUUAUAUUCUCCAACUUUGACAGCCACUUUGACAGCUGUCAAAGUCUCCGUCUCUCUUCACCAGGCUCCACGAAUCGCCCCGGUUCCCAGGGGGGGGGGGUUGCAUUUUUCUUCUCACCCUCCACUCUUCUCCUCCAGCACAGUUCUUAUAAUUUCCCAUCGUGAAAUUAAUGGUUUUUAUCAAGAAUAUACUUCCCUUUGGACCUUGGUUACCCAGUCCUUGUUUUGGAAUGCUUACAGUAGGGGGGGGGGAUUGACUUCGUUUUAAAUCGCCCCGCUCGUGCCAAAUCCGAAAUUUUGAACCCGGUUUCCCAAUUACUCACGGGUUGUUGUUAAUAGUCCAAAUUUUCAAUGGAAGAAGUCAGCGCUCUCCGUCGAAUGGCAUGCGGCUGCGCUCGGCAGGGAAAGCAGAGGACUCAAAGCACCACGCCGCUCCCCGGCACCCGAUCCGAAGCCUUUAAAAGGCUCCUUCACGAGUCGGGAGGGCGCUAAUGGUGCAAGCCGAGUCACCCAUGUCCACGGACUCCGUGCCCGUGGUUUUUAAGGGUCCCCGCGUCGCCGGCGCGGUGGGACCCAGCCCCUGCCGAGCAGACUCCCUCCGGAGCUCGGAGGGAGUCCGCCAUUCGGCGAUGGCGCCAACCCGGAAGUCCGAGCGUUUAGUGGUUUUGAACGGCUGGGAAAGAAACUGAGGUAUUUUAUAAAUAAAAAUAGAAACAGUUGACAGGAUGAGGUUGCAGACCGAAGGAGCAACAGAUUGCUAGUUCUUUGAUUUAUUGCUUGGUGUUUGCCACUGUGAUGAUUGUAGGGAUGUGUAUAGAUGUUAGGAGAGGAUGUAUUUAUUAGAUGUUAUCCUUCCUUCCUCACGUUUUAGCAGAGUGCAUCUCUUUGCAACUUAAAAGGGAAGCUUAGAUUGACCAGUUUUAGCCUUUUAGUUUAAGUAACCAGUAUGCUUUAAGGCGGGACGCGGGUGGCACUGUGGGUUAAACCACAGAGCCUAGGACUUGCCGAUCAGAAGGUCGGGGUGAGCUCCCAUUGCUCGUUCCCUGCUCCUGCCAACCUAGCAGUUCAAAAGCACAUCAAAGUGCAAGUAGAUAAAUAGGUACCGCUCUGGUGGGAAGGUAAAUGGCGUUUCCAUGCCCUGCUCUGGUUCGCCAGAAGCGGCUUAGUCAUGCUGGCCACAUGACCCGGAAGCUGUACGCUGGCUCCCUUGGCCAAUAAAGCGAGAUGAGCGCCGCAACCCCAGAUUCGGUCACGACCGGACCUAAUGGUCAGGGGUGCCUUUACCUUUAUCUAUGCUUUAAGACAGACUGGUUUCUCCUUUUCUCUCCCUUAAAACAACAAUCACAUAAACAGUCUUGUAAAAGGUAAAAAACAUUUUGCUCACUCAGAAUACUUGUUGAGAAGUAACAGAUACAGCAGCUUUGUUCAGGCAGGCUUAAAAUGGUAAUUCUGUUACAUAGGCAUGCUUAAGUCUAGCUUAAGAUGGAGUCUGAUCAUUGGAGGUCAGACAUGGCAGAUUGUUUUUCACAUUUAUAGCUUGAGAUAAAGAGUAAAAGUGAAGAGAGGCAAAAGAGCAGAGAGCAAAGAUGAAUUGCCCAGUCAGGUAAGUAGAUUAUAUACGGCUUUGCCCUACUUCUGGCUGGGCAUAGUCGGAGUGUCUCUCACAGAGCUCUCUCUAGCAAACUUACAGGAAAACUCUGUGAGCUUCAGCUCCUAUCAUGUUCCUGUCUAGCAAACAUGCAUUGUCGGUUUGACUGCAUUGUAAAUACAGUGGUACCGCAGGUUAAGUACUUAAUUCGUUCCGGAGGUCCAUUCUUAACCUGAAACUGUUCUUAACCUGAAGCACCACUUUAGCCGCUGUGCCGCCGGAGGACGAUUUCUGUUCUUAUCCUGAAGCAAAGUACUUAACCUGAGGUACUAUUUCUGGGUUAGCGGAGUCUGUAACCUGUAUGUAACCUGAAGUGUAUGUAACCCGAGGUACCACUGUAUCCCACAAUGAUUUGGUGUUCUUGGGAUAUGUUGCAUCCAACCAUCAGAAUGUUUCAGGCCAAAAGCAUCUGAAUGGAGUCAGUUCUGAAGGAAAAGUCUGAAGGCGUAACCUUUUCUCUAAAAUGAAGCAUCAUAAGGGUCUUCUUGAAACUUUGCUGAGGUCAACAGGGCUUGCACAGGAGAUCUUCCCAGGGACUGGGCUUCUCUAUCCUCCCAGUUGCCCUGUUUGGCUAGAUUGCCUCUGCUUUGCAUUUGCUCCCUCUUAUGCUGUCAUUUUUACCACAUUUCCCAUUGUCAAGUGAUGAUGGGAAAGAAGAAGCAAUUGUUGGUAAGCUUGACCAUUUCAUAUCACAGGAGGGGAGCGGGCUGCUGUGCUCAAGUCCUGCUCAUGGCCUGAGUGUAGGCAUCUGGUUGGACACUGUGAGAACAGGAUGCUGGACUAGAUUGGCCAAAGGCUUGACCCAGCAGGCACUUCUUAUGUUCAGCUCUGUUGUCCACUCUUGUUGAUUUUGCAUGUGUGCUUUUGGCAAAAAUCUGAACAUGUUCAAGGGUGUGGACAGCAACAAAGCAGUGUUGAGGUCUAUCAUCUAUCCAUGAGCAUUGGCUUGUAGUGGAAUGCCUUUUUUGAUACGCUGGCAGAUGCCACCUGAUCCCUUAGAAGUGGCUCAUUAAUUCUCUGUCAUGCUACCACCCACUUCUGUGUGUGUUGUUAACAAUAUUAACCUCCAUCUUAGGUGCUGGCUCCCUGGGGCCUUGAGUGCCUGAGCACCCACAAAAUUCCCCAUGAAGGGGCUGGGCACCCACAAAAUUUGGCACCAGGGCCACCACGGCCCCAGGCACCCAUGGUCGCAGGGCCAAGCUGGCACUCUUGACUUCCAUUAUAUGCCCAGCUGAGCCUACAGCCAAGGUUGUUGUUGUGGUUACCUCAGGUUUGUGUAUGAUUAAGGAUGACUGAGUGGACAACAGGCAGAUAUGGCCAACUCUCCUAGAAAAGGCUCCAGUGCAAUGCAGCAGAUGUUGCAUAGGCGCACAGGGCUCUUGCAAGCUCUGCUUGGUUUUGCUGAGGCUUUUUGCUGCCUGCCAUUAUUGUGUGGCAGCUGGCUGCCAUAUAAAAUGUCUGCCUCUGAGUCAAAAUGUCUCAGGGUUUAUCCACCCUUAACUUUCCCCUGCUUUUUCUAGGCAUGGCCCACACUUAAAAGCUCAAUGUCUGAGCACCCUUUUCUUUUGCUCUGGAGCUUUCCUCAUGAAAAUCCACUGCCGGAAACUCAAAUUGACAUUUGCUCUGACUGAGCACUAAAGAGCAAGUUUUUGUGGGGAAAGCUCCUGGGCAAAACAAAACAAAAUGCUCAUACCUGGAGUUUUAAGCACAGAUGUUUGCCUGGAAAGAGUGGGGCAAAAGGUAAGUGUGUAUAAGCCCACAGUCCUACAUUUGAGUAAAAAUUGGAGAGCACAGAGCACUGAUUCUGACUGCUUGCAGUAUGCCCAUCUCCCCUCAUGGACUGCAGUCAAAAGACUAACCAGUGUCUAGACUGUGUGGGCAGGCAGGGAAUCUCUAUGAACUUGUAUGGAGCAAAAAGAGACCAGGAUGACUUCAGUCCCUUCUUAGACCCGUUGUUGAUAUGUCUGCCUCUACUCUUAUCUGUCCAUUGCUUCUGGGAAUCAAAAUGUUUUGUUUCUUAUGUCAGCAUAAUUAUGCAUCUUCACCUGCAUCUUGUGUCAGGGCUGGUUCAGCUGCAGGUCAGCCCAGAGACUCAGAGACUAGCAGUAAAGUUGAUUCUUUAUUCAAGGAAACAGAAUACAAACAGAAAAACCUAAGGUGAGACUGGCCCCGGUGAAGCAGUAGCCAGAACUGGCUGGCGAUCUGGGCCUCCCACUUCCCCCUAGGCCUCCUCUCCAUCCGGCUGUUUUCCCUGCAGUCCACCAGGGAGGGGCCCCUUGAAACCUGUGGGCCCAUUGUUCGGCCACAUGCAAAAGUCUCUGAGACCUUGGAGACAAGAGGGGAGCUGAAUACAGUAGGACCAGCAGGCUCCUAUGGAUCUGUUGCAGUCUCAGCCUCCACCUCCAACUGUCUGUCCUAUGUCUGCAGUCUUUUCAUCCUCUUUGUUAUGUACUGAGUUGAAUAGGAUCCACAAGGCAGCAGUCUGAUUGGUCCUAGAACAAUAGGAUUCAGAAUGCAGCAGUCUGAUUGGUCCUAGAACAAUAGGAUUCAGAAUGCAGCAGUCUGAUUGGUCCUAGAACAAUAGGAUUCAGAAUGCAGCAGUCUGAUUGGUCCUAGAACAAUAGGGUCCAGAAUGCAGCAGUCUGAUUCAUCCACAGGAGCCACCCAAUCCAGCUCCAGGUGGAAGUGAAUCCGCAACCUGAUUGGUCUACAGGUGAAUCCCAGAAUUAGCCAAUCACAUGGAGCCCAUUGUGUAAAUAAUGUAUAUAAAGCAGAUAUUCUGGGGGAACUUCCAUUCCUCCUCACCACUAUGAGCAGAAUAAAGAGCAUGAAAUCCACUCGACUCUGAGUAUAUUUCACUCUUCUUCCUCUCUCUCACUAAGAACUGUUGCUUGUCCAGUACAGUGGUGCCUCGGGUUAAGUACUUAAUUCGUUCCGGAGGUCCGUUCUUAACCUGAAACUGUUCUUAACCUGAAGCACCACUUUAGCUAAUGGGGCCUUCUGCUGCUGCUGCGCCGCCGGAGCAUAAUUUCUGUUCUCAUCCUGAAGCAAAGUUCUUAACCCAAGGUACUAUUUCUGGGUUAGCAGAGUCUGUAACUUGAAGCAUAUGUAACCUGAAGCAUAUGUAACCCAAGGUACCACUGUAUUCAGCCAUUUCCCCCCUCGUCUCAUCCGUGUCCCACCAGCAUUCCCCUGGCCUGGAGCCUUCCUCUUCUCAGGCUUCUCUGGGGGGUUCUCUGGCUGGAGCUCCCCGCCUCUCCUCAUUGUCCAGCCAGCUCCUGACAUUUCACUAGUGCCUUGAGCUGCCUGUUGCUCUGAGCCCAUCUCUCAAGCCUUUUCUCCUUCAUCUUUUCAGGUUGGCAAGUUGAUCCAAGAAGCAGCUGGGAGGAGUAACUUAAAGAGGGUGACGCUGGAACUUGGGGGGAAGAGCCCCAAUAUUAUCUUUGCAGAUGCCGACUGUAAGUAAGGACGAGGGAGGAGUUUUGUAAGGUUCACAUUUUAAUGUAAAUAAUGUAAUGUAAAUAACUCUCACUUUCUGAAACAGCCCGCAAACCAAAACACUGCUAUCCUUCAAAAUUAACUCUUCUCUGAGUUUCGUGAAGCAGUCCUCCAGCCAAUUAAGAUGUACAGAAAUGUAUAUGUCAGGGAAAGUGUAUACUACUUUAAAAAAUACAUUAUAUCAGGGAAUUCCCCCCCCCCCCCAAGUGUAUAUAUUGUUGUAAAAGUUGGGCACCAUCGCCACUCUUUGCUGAGUGGUAGUGAGAUUCCAGGGGGUUCCAGGCAUUCACCCAAGAUCUAUGCUCCUUUGGAAAAUAGAAGACUGCCAUAGCUUUAAGAAAUAUGAUUUAUUCACAUAUCCACACCUUCAGUCUGCAUGGAGGGAGUCAAACUCUUGCAGCAUUUCCAUCCCAAGCAGUGCAGCGGCACAAAUAAAGAGGACAGAGGGAAGAUUUUCUGCCUCUCUCAUAAUGAGGGCACUUGAGGACAUCCAACAAAGCUGAAUACUGGGAAAUUCAGGACAGAUAAACAGUUCUUCACACAGCGCAUAGUUAAACUGUGGAACUCACUCCUACAAGAGAGAAGGAUAGCCAUCAACCCGGAUGGCUUUAAGGGCAGAUUAGAAUUUGGGGAGAAGAAGGAUAUCAAUAGCAACUAGCUAUGAUGGCUAUUUUGUUUGUUUGUUUAUCAAAUUUAUUUUAUAUAAUAAUAAUAAUAAUUAAUAAUAAUAAAUUUUAUUUAUAUCCCGCCCUCCCCAGCCGCAGCUGGGCUCAGGGCGGCUAACAACAAUCAAAAUAAUCCAGCAUUCUAAAAACAUUCAUUAUAAAAUUAAUUAAAAUCAAAUUGAUGGCAACCAUUAAGCAAAAUUCUGUGCAGAUUGCCAGAGGAGGGGUCAGGCUGCGCCCUGACCAAAGGCCUGGUGGAACAGCUCUGUCUUGCAGGCCCUGCGGAAAGAUGUCAGGUCCCGCGGGCCCUAGUCUCUUGUGACAGAGCGUUCCACCAGAUUGGAGCCGCGGCCGAGAAAGCCCUGGCUCUAGUUGAGGCCAGCCUAACCUCUCUGUGGCCUGGGAUCUUCAGGAUGUUUUUAUUUGCAGACCGUAAAUUUCUCUGUGGGGCAUACCAGGAGAGGCGGUCCCGUAGGUACGAGGGUCCUAGGCCGUAUAGGGCUUUAAAGGUUAAAACCAGCACCUUAAACCUGAUCCUGUACUCCACCGGGAGCCAGUGCAGCUGGUAUAGUACCGGAUGAAUAUGAUCUCGCAGCGAAGACCCCAUAAGGAGUCUCGCCACGGCAUUCUGCACCCGCUGGAGUUUCUGGGUCAGUCUCAAGGGCAGCCCCACGUAGAGCGAGUUACAAUAAUCCAAUCUGGAGGUGACCGUCGCGUGGAUCACAGUGGCUAGGUCAGGGCGAGAGAGAUAAGGAGCCAACUGCUUAGCUUAAUAAUAAUAAUAAUAAUAAUAAUAAUUUUAUUAUUUAUACCCUGCCCACCAGGGACGCGGGUGGUGCUGUGGGUUAAACCACAGAGCCUAGGACUUGCCGAUCAGAAGGUUGGCAGUUCGUAUCCCCGCGACGGGGUGAGCUCCCAUUGCUCGGUCCCUGCUCCUGCCAACCUAGCAGUUUGAAAGCACGUCAAAGUGCAAGUAGAUAAAUAGGUACCACUCCGGCGGGAAGGUAAAUGGCGUUUCCAUGCACUGCUCUGGUUCGCCAGAAGUGGCUUAGUCAUGCUGGCCACAUGACCCGGAAGCUGUACGCCGGCUCCCUCGGCCAGUAAAGUGAGAUGAGCGCCUCAACCCCAAAGUUGGCCAUGACUGGACCUAAUGGUCCGUGGUCCCUUUACCCUUUACCUUUACCCCACCCAUCUGGCUGGAUUGUUAACUUUAUUAGAUUAAAUCCUUGGAUCACACGGUGGUUUACAAUAUUAAAACACAAAAAUACACCAGAUAGUAGCAAACAAAAACAAUACCCCCCCCCCCAGUGUUUAUCUGUGCUCUUCCUCCCCAGUCAGAGGCAGGAAUGCUUCUGAGUGCUAGAUGCUGGGAAUCAGAAAUGGGGAGAGUGUUGCUGUUGUGCUCACAGGUCCUUCCUCUAGGCAUCAGUUUGGCCACUGUGAGAAGAGGGUGCUGGACUAGAUGGACCUCUGGUAUUAUCCAGCAGACUGUCUUUACGUUCUUAUGAUAUUUGGACAAAAGCUGCCGGUUCCCAGUUACUGGGUUUUCAUUUCAACAGCAGGCUGAGUUCUGAGUUGUCUGCCAGUGCUUUUAUGAUCUGACACAGUCUGAAUUAUGCAGGCCAAAAUAUUAAUUAAUCCGUUGUUGUCGUAACUAGCAUCCAGGACCUCCUGCAAAGCACCGUGGGUUUUUUCUUACGGCCCUCAAAACCUUUUUGAUCUCUGCCCUGCUCUUACAGGAAUCCCUACGUAAAACAGAAUGAAUCAUCUGCAGUAACGGCAGCAUACACAAAUAACAUGUGUGUGGAUGUUUUGAUCUUUUCAAACGUCUGCCCACCACCCCAGCAAUGGAGUUUUGUUCUGUUGCUUUGAAGUUGAGCAGCAUUAUUUGCAGCUUGGAGUGAUGUGUGUGACGUGGGCUCAGGAGCCACAGAUGUGGGGAACGGUCCCUCAGCAUGUGGCUCUCUUGCUUUUGCAGUGGAUUACGCAGUGGAGCAGGCACAUCAAGGGGUCUUUUUCAACCAAGGCCAGUGCUGCACCGCCGGCUCCCGGAUCUACGUGGAGGAGCCCAUCUAUGAGGAGUUUGUUCGAAGGAGCGUUGAGCGUGCCAAGAGGAGGGUGGUGGGGAGUCCUUUUGACCCCACCACAGAACAAGGACCACAGGUAAAGGGAAGGGAUCCAGGGCCCAGAUACUAAAUGCAUUUCUACGGUGCAUGCCAAGUCCUGGAAAAACACUGGCCACAUUAGCACCAUACAUUUAAAGUGCUAUGAUCCCACUUUAAACACUCAUAGCUUCCCCCAAAGAAUUCUGGAAGCUGUCAUUUGUUAAGGGUGCUGAGAGUUCUUAGGGGACCUUUGUUCUCACUGAAGAGCUACAAUUCCCAGAGUUCCUUGUGAAGAGAGAUUGAUUGUUAAACUACUCUAGAAACUAGAGGGAGGGAGGGAGGGGAGGAAGAGAUCAGACGAAAACACUAUAACAGCAAUGCAAUGCAUGUAAACUUCAGUGUGUAGUAUUCCAAGAGAGCAGAUCUCCAGGUGCCAGGCAGUCACGGCAAAGAAAUGAAGAGGAGGAAUUGAUAAAGAUGGUUUGUGCUUUGCAGAUCAAUCUAUGUCCACAGCCAAUGAUCCUGUGAUUCCAGGCACAUCUUGUUGGCCGCUGUGAAAAAAAGGACACUGGAAAAGAUGGUCUUGUAUUGGGCGCACCCAGUUUCUGCAGGGCCCUGCUUAUGCUCAUCUUCUCUUUCCUUCCUUCCUUCUUCUUUUUCUUUUUAAAGAUUGAUAAGAAACAAUACAAUAAGAUCCUGGAACUGAUUCAGAGUGGCAUUGCUGAAGGCGCACGGCUGGAAUGUGGAGGCAAAGGACUGGGAAGGAAGGGAUUCUUCAUUGAACCCACAGUCUUCUCCAAUGUAACGGAUGAUAUGCGCAUUGCCAAGGAAGAGGUAUUGGUUCCUCUCAUCCUCUUUUCCCCACACUCUGGGUCAAAGACCUUGUAGGAUGUUGCCAGGAAAAAACCAUACUCACAGAGGCUCCUGAAGUUUCCUCCUGGCAGGGCACCAGCGGUCAGCCAGGAUGAGCACCGGUCAAGAGUCCCAACCGCCCAAAAGCACCCCUUGUUUGCCUGACCCAGCUGUGCCAGCUUACCAUUCUCUUUGCUGGAUGCCCAGGAAGGCAUCUCAGUGGUGGGUGGGUGGUGGUGUGGUGCCAUUUCUAAACAAGAUCCAAUUUUUUCUGAAUGCGAGCCAAACAUUUCUGAACGUAUCUGAACAAGAUCCAUACUUGACUCCCAUCCACGGUGACUGCAUGCCAUUUUAAUUUACCCCAAGUGCCCACUCCAUUUCUGUUGCAGAUCUUUGGGCCUGUUCAAGAAAUCCUGCGGUUUAAAACCAUGGAUGAAGUUAUUGAAAGAGCCAACAAUUCAGACUUUGGACUGGUUGCUGCCGUCUUCACCAAUGACAUCAACAAGGCCUUGACCGUUUCCUCCGCAAUGCAAGCAGGAACUGUCUGGUGAGGAGGGAGGAGGGCUGGGGGCAGGGGGUGCCUGCUCUGGAAAAUGGGGUGUCUGUUUCUGGGGUGAGGGAUAACAUGGAGACUUUGUAAUCAAUGUGUUUUCUUUCUUCCUCCAACAGGAUAAAUUGUUACAACGCCUUAAAUGCCCAGAGUCCUUUUGGAGGAUUCAAAAUGUCCGGCAAUGGGAGAGAGAUGUAAGCAACACUUCCAAUGAGGGCUUUGGGGCUCCUACCUGUCCAAAUGGUGCCUCCACCAGAAAGGGGGGAAAGGUGGCUCUCCAGGUGAUGCUGUGGGAGUGAUGUGGAGGAGGCAGUCAUGCAAACAAGCCCUUCGUCUGGAUCCACAUUGACCUUUCAGCACCUGACCCUGGGCAUUUUAAAGCCUGAUAGAGCUCAACCAAAAUGGCCCUCAAUUUGGCAAAAGUGUAUGGGGGGCCGGGGAGAUUGUUAUGUUCAGUGUUUGACCUUGAACCACUUUAUUAUAGUCCAGUGGAAACAGGGUUGUAGCGGUGGUGGAGCCAGUUCCUUUUCUCCCCAAGCAAAAGCUUAAUGAACUGCCUAUAUUCUUCCUCCGAGGAAACCACUGCCAGUAUCCCUAGAGGGGAAUUGGGGUGGGGGAGAAAAGGGGAUGGAGGGCACGGAGUCUGCAUUUCCUUUGUUGAGCAGAGAGAUAUUCUCCUCUACGAGCACCACUGAAGUGAAUGGAGGCUUAUGAUGCUCCACACGUGCCUCUCCCAUUCAUUUCAACGGGGAGCACACACAGGGAUUUCUCAGGUCAAAUCUCUUGUCUUUCACCACUCUCCCUCCUUUAGUGGCAUGCAGGGUCUGCUUCCUUACCUUAUCGUGUGGGAGGGUUGGCCAUCCCUGUUUGUUGGUGCAUCACCCAGACUCUGAUAAGCAUCUCUGUGUGGUACUUGUAGAGAGGAAUGGUGUUUAGUCACAAAUCUUGCACAUUUAAUUUGUUUUCUAGGGGAGAGUGUGGACUGCGAGAAUAUUCCGAAGUGAAGACUGUGACGAUAAAGGUUCCUCAGAAGAACUCGUAAGAAGACAAUGUGCCGAUCACUGCAGUACAUCAAGUGACCCUCUGUAUUCCUUUUAAGGGGACUAGCACUCAGGAAUUUUUAAAAAAAACAACGACACAGAUUUCUUUUUUAAAUAGCAUUGCAACCAGGCUUGCCAUUAAGCUGGAUGGGUUUUCACCCCACUGCUGGCCACAAACCACUCGUUUAGUAUAGUACAGUUAGAAAACAUUCAGAAAUGUUCCCACUAUACAAAUUGCAAGUAAACACACGCUAUCAUGUUCCUGAAAAGAAAACCUGUUUUAAACUGACCUUCCCAACCAUCAUGUCCUUGAUUUGCUCCAUUCUUGUAUGACAUUGGCGCUGCAACUGGAUUCAUUUGGGGACCCAAAACUCAGCAAGCAGCCACUUACCAGAAAUAUAAGCCCCAAGGCUGGAGGUGGGCAACUUAACUGGAGAUUGUAAUGUGCGUUCUUGAAAGCAUAAUCCUUUUCUCCUGAAGUGAGUUUGUAUUCCUCCUCAUUUCAGGGAAACUUUAAUGCCUGAUAGAGCUCAACACAGUGCUCCAACAGAGAAAACGAUGGUGGAGUUUUGGGUUCUCUCUGUAGCUGCAGGUGUGUCUUCGUAAGGAAACCAUUUCCCUUUUGGAUCUGACAUAAAGCGCACUUGCAGUAUAACCACCACCACCACCUCCCCCCCCAAAAAAAAGGCUGGUUGUGUUUACACCUGCUCUUCUAGACAGAAAGGGAGGAGCUGGGUGAGAGGAAAGGGGCCACUUCAGCCACUUGCUCCCAGGUAGAGUUAUGAGGGAGCAGAUUCCUGGAACUUGACCCUCUUCAGCUGCAAGCUGGAUUCCUACCAUCAGUGUUGCAGCUGAUGAUGGGCAGCGAAUGUGAGGAGGAAGAGCAUGCCUGGAACCCCAUGGCAGAAUCUGCACAAAUGGAGCUGUGGGAAAAUGGAAAUGAGCCCAUUGCAUCCCUGGGGGCAGUUCCAAAUCCUGAGCAGAAUUUGAGGUUUUGAUGUUCAAAUCGGCAGGUUAACUGCAACCUCACAGCUCCCUCCAUUCAGAGCAGCGCUAAAUGGCUUGAAUGACAAGGGGCUGCUGUCAGCCGUGUUCUGCAUCAUUUUUGCCCCCCUUCAUCAUGCUCUGCCUAGCACCCCCAAAUCAGUGGCAGCAGCUGGGAGACAAACACCAUGGUGACAUCACACCAUAUGAUAUGUUAAUGUGUGGGGAAAGGAGCCCCAGAAAUGGCUGUUGCUGAUUUGGCCCCUGGAGCAAGGAGGAACCUCCCUCUGCAGUUCAUCUGCCUUUUUCUGACUUCUUUGCAGGCAGGCCCUCAUUUCACGUAGGAAGGUGGAACAGUGGCAAGUGACCUGGGCUUUCUGUGACUUUCACUCUUGACUGAAGCCUUGCAGAAAAUAAAAAUUAAAAAGAUCCUUUGGCCAUGGUUCUGCAGAACAGUGGUCUGACUUGAGAAAUUGCAAUUUAUUAUUAUUAUUAUUAAAGACCAACUUGCCAAAAAGAAAAGCUGAGUAAGGAGGAGGCAAUCCCUAGAUUUGUCAUGGCUACUCUUAACCAUACCAAUUCCAAGUACACUUGCCAGCCCUCCUCUUGUGAAGGAAGGACAUGCUCUGCUGCCGCUCCUUCCAUAAUGAUAUUCAGCAGUUUGUGACCGGCCUUUGAGAAGCACUAGAUUUAGGGCCGAGGGGGCGCAAAAUUGAGAAGAUCCAUCUGGGGGUGCCAAAUUUUGGCCUCCCACAGGGUGCCGUAUUAAGAAAGAUGACUAAAGUCUGCCCCUGUUUUGACUGUCACCUCCUUUGCAGCCACAGCCUCUCAGUGCUACUUGAAUGAGAAAUCUACUUAUUUUUUAUUCCCCAAAACCAGCAUUGCUCCUGUUGCAUAAGGCUAUAAAUGCAUGCAGAAGGGGACUGCUGGGUGAUGCUGCCAGGUGAGCAUCAGUGGCACCAGCCCAGGGUGUGGGCACUGCAACAGUGUGGUUUCCCUCAAGGAGGCUGGAUCCACAUACAAAGGCCCACAGUGUCAUCACUUUACCACUUUUUCUAAUGGUUCCACUUAGUUCAUCUGUUUGUGCUUCUGGCUGCCAACUGCAGAACAAGGGCUGAACCAAGAGGCAGACAGCAAUGUUGGCUCCACUCAUUAACUCACUCCCCUCUCUGUUGCUGAAUUGCAACUUAUCACCAAACUUAAAACCAUGGAGAGACCUGGUCUGAAUAGAGACAUUGGAUUCUUAUUAUACAUGAUAAAGCUAUUUUUAGCCAUCUCAUCCGUUGCUUUUUCCUGUAAGACCAAUUGCAGUCGUUAACAGUCGUCAACAGGUUUACCACACCUAUCAGCCAAUCACCCAUUCCCACCACCUUUCUGAGCAAUACCCCUCCCCACCCUCUCACUAUAUAUAAGGGUCUGGUGACUUCUGUUUCAGCGUAUCUGAAGAAGUGUGCAUGCACACGAAAGCGCAUACCAAUAACAAACUUAGUUGGUCUAUAAGGUGCUACUAGAAGGAAUUUUUUUAUUUUGUUUCCCCUCUUUGUGUGAACCUCACAAUAACCCUGUGAGGUAGGUUAGGGUGAGAAACAGUGAGUUGCCCAAGGUCACUCAGUAAGCUCUAUGGUGUAAUGGAGAUUUGAAUGUGGUUUUCUCUAAUUCAAACCCAGAACUCUACUGAUACAUCAAGGUGGAUCCCGGUUCACUGUGUGGUUUAAACACGUGGCUCUAAUUUACACAAGUGGCUGCAAAACCAUUUAGAACUCUGGGCACAUCUGGAUUUUUCAGUGAGUGAUGUGAUUGUCACCCCUUCUAGUCACAGAUCUAGCCGAGUGAAUGUGAACCUUGAAAAGCACAUAGAGCUGAAACAGGAAGUGAGAAAGAGUGUCACUCUUCCAUCUUCCUCCUUCAGCUCUAUGUACUGUACUUUUCAAUGGAGAAGAAGUUAACCAUCCUUUCCAGAAAGUGGGGAAUUCAGAGGCUUCAUGGGCACCAGGGAAAGACCUAAAGGGCACAACUGAGCCCAUGGAAUGGUGUCUCCUGAUUUAUACCCUCAUUCAGCCAGGGGUGAUUUCAAAGGCAGGAGUCCUUUGUUCCAGAUCAAAAAUGGAGGCCUCAUGUUCUUUAUAAAGGAGAAAACAAAUUCAAUGACAUUCGUUUGCAUGUUAUCCCCGUGGGAACAUCCCACAUCUGACAAAAUCAUGUCUGGAUGAGACAUAGAACAAAUGUAAAAUGUAGUGGCCAAUCAUGAAACAGAAAUAUCAGCAGUUUUUGGACACAAUUUACCAGGAAUUGGGCCAAAGCACAGAACGUCCCCAAGGGUGGUAUUCAGAGGCGGUUGAAACGCCAGUGCAAAAGUUGCAUUUUUGACUGGUCGAUUGAGGGUUUUUUCUGGACUUUUGAAAGACAGCUGUGUGUACUCAGCUGUCCAUGUUUGCUACAGCAUCUUUACAAAAAAUGGAUCUCCCAAAAUGAAUCAUUCUGUGUCAAAAACUCAGACAGAAACUCUGGACACUGAAAAGGUUCAUCCCCUCUAAGCUGAAGGGUUGAGAGUCAGUUAAUAAGGAACCUGGCCAUUGGAAAGUUGUCAUGAGAAGGGGUGAGAGCUUGGCGUAAAAGAAGACCAAGGCAGCCUCUUGCUCCACACAAGGAUCCAGUUCAAGUGUGCAAGCUCAGCAAAGUACUUCACUGGCUGGCCCAAAGCUGCCUAGAACCUGAAACAUUUAAUGCAAAAGGCUCCUCUUCCCACGACAUCACAUGGAGCACCCUUUGCCAGGAAGUUCCCCUGCGCAAGCUCCAGUGGCACAAGUAUGAGUUGCACAAAUGUGCUCUUCAGCAAUGCACACUCGUGUCAGAUGGGCUUGCCCAGGAAAACUUCUCACUGGAAUGGUGGGGCUCUCUGUCUCCCUCUCUGCCACCCCCUUCAGGCUCUCUCCAUCUCCCCUCUCCCCUCCCUUCCCAGCCCAGCCCUCUCUGCAUCCUGCCCCCCAUGUUUGAUAUUUAUGCCAUCCUUGUUUGUCUCCAAAUAUAGAUAUAUAUUUUUUGCUAGAUGCAUAAUUCAAGCUGUUCUUUUCCGAACGUGGAGAUGCAAUUGCAAGCUAUACCAGAGCUGUGCAACAUGAAUGUCAUAUACUCCUAUUGUAGGGUUAUGUCAGAGUUUUGUUUUCUUUCUUGAAAGAAAUAUGCUUUAAGAAAUUAGUUUUCUUAUUAUCUCCAAUAUUCAUUGUGAAGGGAUACUUUUCAUUUCUUUUUCUGUUACAUGCCUUUGGAAGAAACUCGUGCUAGCAAUAAGCAUUUAUACUGUGUAUUCCUCUGUAUUAUAUGUGUCUUGUCUAUUGUUUGUGUGUUAUUUCAAAUAAAUUCAGGUAACAACUGAAGUUGCCAUUUUUCCCACCACCCUCAACGCACAU